AUGUGUAAUCUUACUACUCAAUGGGCUGUGCCCAGCAACGGGCCUCUGAAUGCUGGAAGUGUCAGAGAGAUAAAUAGCAGAGUGUCCCCCUCGAAAAACAUGAUUAAUACCCCGCCUGGUGACGCUGCUGAAGAUGAAGUGGGAGCAGCUGGCUCAGGCAGCGUAGGCACGCAGGGAGAGGUGGGAGGGGGGAACGGGAGCGAGCGCAACGGAGCAGAGAGGGCAAAGAGUAGGACACACUGGUAGCUAGGGGAAAGGAAGGCAAGGCAAGGGCAAUCUAGGCCAGCAUAGGCAACGGGACCCCUACCUCCCUUCAUUCCCAUGUAUGUAGCCCUUUCUUUCCUUUUUUGUCAUGGUCUAGCACUUAAAUAAUCUUCAGAUACCCUCCUCGUUUUUAUACAUAAACACAUGCAGACUUCAUACCUGCAAAUGAAAGUGAAAGCUCGUCUUUUAAUCACACAAAUCUGACAGGAAAUAAAGGCCUCCAGGAAACUCAUCUCAAUUCAAUUAAAAGCCCAAUAGUUCAAAAUCUUGCCAUUUAUCACAUCCGGAAUAUAGCGGAAAGUCCCACUCAUAUGUGGCACUCAACCAUUUUCAUGAGUGUUUUUAACAUGAGUGUGCACAAUGGUGAGAGUGGCAGGAGGUGAUGAUGGACUACAGAGCUGGCUGCACUCCCUUCAUGCUAAUUUCGUUAUAAAAAAAGAAAAAAAGUGCCUUUUCGUAUUAUUCGGCGACAAAGCUCUGCCAUUCGGACAGCUUUGUGACCACACAUGUAUCUCCAAACACCUCUCAAUUGUUUCUCAGAAGACCAAGUUUUGUCAGUCACUGAAUAUCUUGGGUACAGUGAAGAAGGAGAGCCUCCUUUUCUGAGUGAGGCCUGUUUCUAUGAAAAGAUUUGAAACUCCGAAAACAGAGUACAGAACACAUGGAGUUAUUGGGUCUGUUCUGUUGUGUAAGUAAACAUGUCGAGGGGUGGGCUACUUUUUCAUGGUUCAGGGGCCCCAACCCUCCCCUCACACAAUUAACUUUUCCAGUGUAAUGAGAUGAUUGAUAUGCUGGAAGUGUGUGCUUUAAGGAGAUAUUAAUCAUUCCCUCUGGUAAUUUUAAUCAUGCGUUCCAUCAUCCCCAGCUGCUGAGGAUCACCUUCCUUGCAAACAAAGGGCGGCCACGCCACUUGCAUAGUCAUUCUGUUCUAGUUUAACUUUAUUUUAUGCUGGUUCCUCCCAUCUGUUCGCACAAGCCUCCACAGCCCACGUUGCACGUUGACAAGCUGGGGAAGCAGUGUGUGGGUGGGUGAUUGUAUGAGUGUGUGUGUGUGUGCAUGUAUGUGUGUAAACUUUAGAAACACAGGCAUCUUUGAAAUGGUAAAUCUAAUCCUCCAGGUCCGUGACUAGUUGGUACAUAGCCACCAGCCACCUCCACUAACACGUACAGUAAUGCAUACAAACAGGGGACACAUGCACACACGCUCACACAAACAACAACACAAAAUCAUACAUAUAAGGGCAAACAUACAAAAAACAUGUACACAAACACAUAUACAAACACAAGCGUAUACCACAUGGUGUGGGCAAUAUGUCAGAGCACAGCAUAAUUUGGCAUUUGAACCAGUCACUAUUAUUGGAAGUAUGAAGAAAUGCUGCAGGGGGAGAUUUCUUAGAUGACAAACAACUUGGAAACUCUUUCUCUCCCUCGACUGCCUUGAAAGUCAAAGAGACUUAGAUAUUCCCAAAACACUGAUUAGUUCAUGUUGAGCGCCUCCAUUGUGCUGUACUGUACCUCUGUGUUGUAGUUCCCUGUUUUUACCGCAGGCUAAGGAAGAUUUGGAAGGGUAUUCCACAAUCAAAGGCAUUUCUCCCAUGACUUUUAUUCAGCUGCUGUUUUGUCGCAGUAAUGGCCACAGGGAAGCUUGUAGUGACCCUGAGGUGUUAAAACGAAAAAUGCAACCUUUCUGACGAUACAAAAGCUAAAACCUCUUCUGUGCCAAAUAUGGACUCCAAGCAUUUCCCUUGGCUUGAGUCUAAAAAAUACAUACAGAAAAUAAGCAUUCACAGACAAUAAUGUUUAGAAGGAAUGAAUGGUGCAUAAUGUAAAUAUAAAAAAACCCUGCAAAUCGGUUCUGACUGAACAGUCUUGCUUUUUGUACACAUGGGCUGAUAAACAAACUAUUGCACUUGAACGCAAACCGGCAUCAACUGGAAAAUUCAUCCUGACAAGUGCCAUAAAUGCAUGCUUAAUCAUGUACAAAAUAAGUGACAAGCAGAUGACAGAUAUUCCAUCAUCAAUGCAGAAGUUUGUGAAAGUUAUAAAAGGGGGCUUGUCUGGUUGUGCACAGAUUAGCAGUGCCUGCAUGCAGUCAGAGGCCAAUGCAAAGUAGAUAGGUUAAUCCCCAGGACGAAUUGAUAGGACACAUCCCUAAAUACUCAGAGCUUCACUGCUUCUAAAAAACCCAUUAAUUGUGCCCAAUAUGAAAAAAGUAAUUUAAUUUUACAUGGAGUCCAGCCUCAUCUGUUAUCUGUGGCACACUUCUGCAUAGCACGUAACAGGUAAUGGAGGUUUUCAGGGGCUAUUCCCUACUUAUUGUCUAAUAAUGAUGAAUGAAUAUGCCGGAAAGUGACAGGUGUUUCUCUGCAGAGUGGCAUCUAUUUGCAACUUUCCUGGAAAUCAGUUCUUUUUCACUUGGAGGACAAGAAGCAACUUUAGGAAACACAAGGAUUUACUAGGACAUAAUGUCCCAGGACUGAGGAUAAACCCAAGAUAUCUAAAAAAUAUGUAUACUGAAGAACUACAUUAAACUUUAAGCUUUUACUGCACCAGUACUGGACAAUGACUUCUUCUUCUAGUUUUGAAAAGUCUUUCUUUGAAAAUGUCUUAAAAUUGCCACUUGAGAGGGGUGUAAUAAAUGCUUGGACAGCUAUUAAAACUUGAUAAAAAACAAGGGCUUUUAAAUAAAACAUAAAACAGUUCAAAACAUCUUUUGAUAUAAUAGCAGCAGUUGGUGCCAACAAACUUAAAUAAAGUGUCAUUGAGUGGAGAUCAGUGCCAUCGCUUGAUGAAACCACAGUGAAGUUGAAAUAUACAUCACAAAACCAGCAGGUGUGUUUCCACAGGCCACACAGCACCAGUAUUACUAAAAAAUCGUGUUUUAUUUAAAAUAAGGGCACAGUUUGUGAGAUUCUCAUGCAUUCCACAGCAUCACACAUGAUAUGACUUUAUCUUUAUCGCACAUCUCAAUGGCGUUGAUAGAGCGGAGCUCCUUACAGCAACUGUUUUGUAAGGGGUGCUUUCAAAGAAAAGCAGCCCUCAUUAUUUCCACCUUGCUUUACCCUGGCACUCCUGCUCCACUGCAUGACUAAAAGACAAUUAAUCCUAAUAAUCAGGGCCGUAGCCAUCAUUCCUCAUUCUGGCAGGCCUCUUUUUCCAUAGGGGCACGGAGGGAGUGCCCGAGCCAUGGAUCUCUGCUGCACAGAUGAACCUCUUACAGAUGUUGAGUGAGCAGCACAGUUAAUCGCUUAGCCAUCUUAUGGCCCUCACAUAUGUAUAAAAAUGGAAAAGUGAAGGUGGUGUUUUAUCAUCUCAUGUCUGUCAUGUCUGCUGCUGAGUGUGACGCUGUGCUGUACGUGGUUUAUACUUAGUUUGGUGUUUUAAGCCGUGUCAUUCAGCACUUAGUGGAAUAAUUAGAAACUUAUCAUAGAAAAUAACAGUGUGGGCACCUGUUCACUCUUCCUUUAAACAUGCCUGCACUCGUAAACAUAGCCUUGAUCCAUAUAUUCAAUUAAAACAUGAUCACGUCUGCUGAGGCGAUGACUCUUAAAUUGAGCAGAAAUGUGCACACUUAUGUCAAAAUCGUGCACACUCUUUAGCGAGCAGUGCCAAAGCACAGUGACAACCCUUUCAUAUUGCAGCAGAGAGGCUGUGAUGCAAUGUUUGACUUAUCAGCAUGGGGACCUAAUCUUCUCAAAUUAGUGCCCAAAUGUUUGGUGAGUGCUACAGGCCCAGUGUGUGGAAGCAGAGGGAGUGCUAUGACCGCCGCAGACAGGAGGCCCAGGCAAACAAGCAGAUGCUAAGGGGCUGCUUUAGAUGCGGAUGAAGAAAAUCACCAUCACAAUGCACCAAUUAUGGCAAGUCUCAAAUUCACUAGGCUGGAGCACAGUGUGUUCUCACAGCAUCCCACACAACAAGCUCAUUAGGCCAGCACACAUCCUCCCUCUGAUUUAGGCUGGAGGAAUUAAUGCAACAGCACCUGGUCUCUCCCAGCCAUCCAUCCUGCCAUGUACAGCCGGCCACGCUCAGGUUAUGCAUUAUCUUCUUUAAAAGCGUGAAAUGUGGCCACCCCUGCUCAGUUUUAAGCUACACCUCUCUUUUUCCAGGGUGCUAUGUGAGGGGCAGGCAUAUUAAUCACACUCACAGCCACUAAUGCUAACAAUCAGUCAACACUGUUGGCCAGGCUCUCCAUCUCUGGUGACAGGGAGGUUUGUCCUGAGGCCUGCUGAUUUGUCCUGCUAGGUUUACCUUGAGGACAAAAUAUGUAACACAGGCUGCUUUUUCUUUGUGCAAUCCUCUUCCUCAUUGAGAGAGAAAGAAAAAAAGAAAAUGAUUACACCAUAACUUGAAACUUCAGUUUUAAAAUAAUAACAACAAUCCUUUUUUGGUCCGUAAAAUCACAAUCCAUUUACAUUUAACACAUUAAAUAGCGCACACUCCCAAGCCAAAUCCGGUUUGGGAUAGACUAAUUUGUAAUUGGAGUCAUUUUCUACAACAUGGAUACAACAUAUGUCAAACAGUCAAGUUUUGAUAAACUAACAGCUGGCUGGUUCAACUGAGAGGAAACUGCCUACUGAGCAAGAGUGAUCUCUCCCUGAGUGUCAUCCGCCAGCAGCAUGAGGCAGAACCAGCAUGUUCGGAUUCCUACUGUACACCAAGAAUACGGCUCCUCUUGUCAACUUCACGCUGACAAGUGGAACAUUGACACAAAUUAAUACAAAACCUGCACAAUUAAUUCCAUCCUGAGCCUCAACUUGCUUAAAAAACACACAAAUAAAUGAACAGGAAAUUGUGUGCGUGGAAUGUGUGUGUUUGUAUGAGAGUGCGUCUUCUGGUUGUUAUUUUGUCCCAUUCCCGAAGAAGAAAUGCUAAUUAUUGGGCUUCAGGUAGCGUAAAAUGUACAGCUGUGGUGACUGUCAGUGCUCGGUGGACUAUUGAGCUGGUGUACGUCUUGACAGUGGGUGGUGUCUCUCGCUCUCAUCCCAGGAAUCACCCAGUGGCAUUGCCAUCUUCUGCCAACGUCAAUCAGAUGACUGCUUUCAAAGCACAAGGGAAUCAAGCUGUACCUGCCAUUCUUGAAACUCUUAUGCUGUUUCACUGUCUGUUCAUAAACACUUUUACUGUAUAUAUACAUGGAAGAAAAUGCGAAUCAACCUUUCAGACUUGCUUGAGUCUUGUGUUUCUUUUUUAGAUCAGCUCGUCUUCAUAGCUAGAGUGACAGUUCACGCUCAGUACUUAUAAGGAGUCUGCUAGAGACAGCUGUGUGCUAUGUUCACUUCUUUACAUGACUGUAUGACACAAGUCUCCACUAUUUGUUAACAAAAUGUUUCUUUACACUCCGCACUGAUGUUAAGCCAGAUUGUUGGAUCUUGGGACCAAACUUCAUCGACCAGCUUGACGUCAACUGUGAUUACUUCAUUUAUGAGGAGUUCCAGAUGUUUGAGUCUUCACUCCAGGGGAUUGUUGCAACUAGCACACACAUAAUUUGGACCCAUGUGCUGCUGCAAGGCUUGGCAAAUAAACUCUUAGGGUACAAUUGGAGAGAUGUUAUUAGAAGUGUAUGUAACCAAUAAAUGACUUUUUAAUAGUAAUUACUUGUAUGUUUGCCAUGGGGGAAAAAUGGUUGAAUUUGGCAAUGAAUUGUUUCAGAAGUCUCAACUGUGAGAGUAGUUGAUUGAAACUGGUUCAAUUAUACUAAAUUAAUGCUGUCUACUGUGGAAGACGAGAACAGCUACAGAUUUUCUCUUUUUUUCUAUGCAACGUUAUCUCAUCAUAACAACUUGUUAUCUCAAUAUAACAAAGAUUGUUUUCUCGUGCUAACAUUUUUUUUCGUUAUCUCGACGAAAUGAUCGUUUUCUCGUGAACGGAAAUGGUGUUUUAGCCAACCUAGCAUGCCCUCCAGAGUGGGAUAUUUCCAAAACGCUGCAGCUACCAUGGUCAACAGCAAGCAGCCGGAAAUAAAAACGCAGACGGUAAGCUGCACUUUGUGUUUGUGCAUUACGCUUUUGAAAUGGGAACAUUUAACUGCCAUGGGCGAAUCGGACGACAACAGUAACAAUGGCAGACACAUUUAUAAUUUAUCUUUUAUCUAGAGAAAAACCUCUUUGUUAUGUCAAGAUAACAAGAUAAGUCAUUAUCAAAAGAUAACAGUGCAUUAAAAAAAAAAGAGAAAAACCCUAGGCUACUCUUGUAUUCUGUAGUCUACACUGUGCUAUGGUACAAAUGAUAUUGAUUCUGAGUGACUCCACAAAAGAAUGGCAUCUGAAGCACUAACUUUCUUUUUCCACUUAUUCAUCAGACAUUUCAGAGAAGGUAACAUUGUGAACCCUGGUAUAAGAUCUCUUCCUUUGUAAACUGUUUUGGUCCCAAGUCCCAAAGUGUGUCAUGGGGCUGACCACAGAAGGAAUCAGGAAUGUUUGGUGACAUAACCACCUUCUAGCACAGGACACAGAGGAUCUCCUGGGUGUUUCACUGUGUCUACAGGGAAGUAUCAGUGUCUGAAACCCACUGAACUCAAAGUCUUGAGUAGUGUGAGAACUCAGCUGACACCAUCUUCCUCCGGUAUUGAAUGUUUGCCAACUCAAGCAAAAGGCAACAUGUGACAACCCUGGUCUUGAACCUCAAGGUCUAAAUAGUGUGGUCACCAACUUGUGUAACUCUGCGGAUUUCAAACCACCAAGAGACCAUUUUAAGGAAUUGCUCAUUUUACUGUCACUGACAAAAUAGCUGCACAUUUGGAGUUCAGCACAUUUCAUCCACGUAUUAUCCGUGUGCCUACAGCCCCAUUAUAUCCCUGUUUACUAUUUGACAUGAGAUUUUAGGAGGGAGGGGGCCGAGAUGAAGUUUUUAGCUUCCCAAAAUUCUAUUUGUCACAAUUUUAAAUCUGCCUAGAUAAACCAAAACCCGUUUUUAAAGAGUGAUCGUCUGACUUCAAAGAUGAGUCAGAUGAGUUGCCCUACCUCUCAGUCCAUACUCAGAGGAUGAAGAGUUAAAAAGGGUUGAAAAGGUUCAUUGUGAUAGCCAAUGCAUGAAAAUGUUUACAUGCCGUGAUGUACAGAAGAGGCUAAAGAGCCCCAUUAGUGGUUUUAACCACGAAUCAUAAAACUUUUGUGUUGUUUCACAUCAGUUGUUUCAUAACUCCGGAGUUAUAUAAGUUAGAGUCAAUAAAGUUAUUCUUAUUCCUAUACUGUAUCAUCUCAUGAUAUAUUAUAACCAUCUUAUCAUGUAAUUCCUUAAUCUUCAUCGAUGCGUUUUUAAGACAUGGUAGGACUGCAAGACGCACAAAGUCGCAGUUUUUUUAGUUCACUGAAGACAUACAUUCAUUGAUCGUGUAGUGCAACUACGCUGAGUCACACUUGCCGAGUCAAAGUGCACAACAGGGAGAUGUUAAGGGACAAAAUAAGCUGAAAGAGGGGGAAAAUGUAAAACAGAGCAUAUGUAGUUGAGCAGGGUUGAAACUCACUUGGCUGAUUCCGUUGCCCAAGGGACAGCUAACACUAAAAUGCUCUUUGACCAUGAAAUGGCCCUGCCCGGUAAUGGUGGUUAAUGGCUGUAUGGUGCAGUGGUGCCGAGGCUAGGCAGGAGGGAGACCUAAUAGGGGCAUCCUGCCUGCUCCAGUAGGCUCCAUCCAUUGAAGGAAAGAGGAGAGCUGGGUAAGUAGAGAUGUUUUGCUUGAAAUUAUAAAUGUUCUAUGCUACAGUCAGUAGAGUUCAUGUAUGAUGGGUACAUUUACAGCAUGGUUGAAAAAGAGAGUGUUUGCUGGGUUGAAAAGUGACAAAGAACUAGUAGAAAUGUGUCUCUAUUUGCAUCAAGGGGAGAGCAUUAAAAAAAAUUAUGUCAUAAAUCAAAACUUUUUUGAAGUUUUGAUUUAUGAACUGAGAAAUGUGCCAUUUUUCAUGUAUUCUAAUGUACUUAGCCAAAAUCAUAACCGAUAAGACUGCAACCACACUAUUACACAUAGGUGCACUAUAUAAUGAUUACUCAUUUUCUAAGACAGUUUGACUCCAUGAAAGAUACAUAAAAGAACAAGAAAUGCAAUUUUACUACUCACACGAUUUAUGUACAGAUCAAUGUUUAAAUUUUUUAUAUAAAAACAAACAUAAAAGAACAAGAUCCUACAUGUACAUUAUUAAUUGUACCACAUUUUCUACAAUAUUUUAUGACCUCUUUAUUAUUUCGAACACGUGACACUGGCCUAAAACAGAUCAUGUUUGGUUCAGUUGACCUUUAGAUGAGACCAUAUAUUCUACCCUUUAUCCUUUGACCCUUUGACUCCUGAUCUGCACCUGAUUCAUCGCGAUCCUUGCGACCAGCUAUCAGCCAUCUUGAAGUGACUCUGACUGCUAACGUCCUGCCCUCGUCAGUGCGAGGUUUCACCACUUUGCCCUCAAGCUGAAAUGUUUAAAGAGCAAAACCCAGAGGCAAGAUGUGGGUAUCAAGACCUCAAAGAAGCAGCGGCAUAUCAUGGGCUAACCACGGCCAGAUGAGGUUAAUGUUUGAAAGCCAUCUGGCAGUACAGCAAGUGACAGGACAGAGGUGAUGCAUGUAUUGUGGCCUCAAAGUGUCUCUUUCUAAAGGUCAUUAUUGAGAGUUAAGACAUUGCACCACCAGACCUUUUAUUACAAGAAGCCCCACCUCUAAUAAAUGGACUUCCCGGUACUUCAUAGAGGGACUGAGUAUGAUUUCAAAUAAUAUAUCAAAUUCAGAUUUGAGGAAUAGAAAACACAAGAACCCAAGUAAGACGAUAAAGCCUCUGAGACAUUAAGAAAACUCCUUCAGCUUGUUGCUAAGCUGAUUUAUCUGCCUGUCACUUCAUUAAAGGAAAGUUCUGCACACAAUGUUUGGAGGUUGUUUGCAGGACAAUACUGACAUCUUAGAAAGUGAUAGUGAAUUAACUCAGCUACACGGCAUGCCAAUUACACAAAGUAAUGAAUUUAAAGACAUACAUAACAUCAGGAGUUGUUUCUAAGGAUUUUACUCAGUCUGAGUUGAACACUAUUUAUUCUUUUUAAACGAGCAAAGCAUUGGCUUAUAUGAAAUUAUUAGAUAAUAAGUCAAAUGAUUUCUACCAAAUUCUAUCAGAUUCCAGGGGUGGCAUAGGGCUCUUUUGAAAUCUGAUAAGCCACCUUGGGUGCCACCCCAAAAUCCUCCACUAUAGUUUUCUGGGGCAGGACCUACAGCAUAUUGGAAUCAACUAUUUGGACUGACCACUGACUGUAUGUACAAUUGAUAACAUCACUUCAUCUCUAACGGACUCAGUCAAUGCUAGCAUAUUGUGCUGAUGCAGCCAAGGCAUGCACAGAGGCAUAAACAAUAAAUUAAACUCAUAAUCUGAGAGAAAAAAAAAACGUUAGAUAUAAAACUACAUGGUAAGAACAGAGAAAUUUUUUGACCUGUAUUUUGAUUUUCUUGUUCGACCCCUGGUUCCUUCUGUUAACAUACAGAAGAUGAGAGUAAUACUGCAACCAGCCAGUAGGGAGUGCUCUUAACCUUUUAGCUUCAUAGACAAGGAACACUUAUGGCGCCAAUUUUAAUGUACAAUCUACAGUUGCAAUAGAUUGCUACUAGCUUUCUUUGCAUGUAAAUGUAGCAAAUUUUCUAAUGUACAUGCACAGACAGAUACAGAUACAUCCAAAGUUAAGAUGCUGAGUUUACAUCUGACUGAUUGUGCAGCUAAUCCGGUUUUAAUCCGAUUUGACAAUGAGUCGUGAUAAGACCCUGAGUCAUCAGCCGGGGACUAGACAGCAAGAGAAGCAAAGACAACUGAGGGUUAAGCUGCAAACCUCUUCUGACAAACCCUGUCUGAGAAAGCUUUAGUGGACAAAGUGACAAGUGAAAUAUGGGGUCAUCUAUCAGUCAUUCAUCAAUGAACCCAUCCUGUCAUCAUUUAAAUUUUGAGCACUGGGCAAUAUUAACCUUUCUAACCCUGAGUCGCUCAGGACAGCUUGGCAAUGCCUGAGAGUGACAGGCACAGUAUCAGAGUAACUGUUGGGUGUCACUGUAAUAAAUGCUUCCAGUCACAUAAAGCCAUGGAUGAAAUGGUAGCAGCAUGUUGAUAAGCACUUGAGGAGCUCUUCAUAAAAGUCUUAUCCUAACUGCUUUACACAUCAACGCUUUGGCAACUCUAUGUGGACUAUACAGACAUAAAAUUUAACUACUGUUUUUUUUUAGUGAUGAUAUUUUAAAACAAUUACUAACUUGUGUCUCAUACAACUGCUUGUCCUUCGUGCUCUUGGAGAAAGUUCUGCCAAGAAAAGCUGCCAAGGGCCACGCCAAGGCUCAAGGCUAUUUAAACUAAUCGUUAUGAGUGGAGGGAGAAAUGUGGCCGUAAUGUACAGAGAGUACUUCAGUGACCUCUGCAGACCUAAAAGUUCACUGGUCUUAAGUAAGUAUGAGAUAAAGUUACAUGCAGUGGGAGCUGGGUGAUAUCCGCUUACUGCAAUGCCUUGUGGGAAAAUAUUGUGGUUGACACAAGGUACUGUGACUCCAGCACUAUACAAUAUUAACUACGAUACAUGAUCAGCAGGGUCCAAAUGUAAAUAAUACCUUGAACAUGUUUGGCAUCUGUGUCAAAUAAAAACUGGAAAUCAGUAUUGUCAACUUGAGUCAAAAAUGGAGGCUUCUCUUCUGCAUUUAGCUGGAUUAUAAUCUCUGUUGGUAAAUAACUCCCUUUGGAGAAAGAAAUUAACCCACAUUUCCAUAUCAAAGUGUUAUGCAUUGAGCCAUUUUCCCUGCCCUCCCAUUUGGGCACAUAGAUAGAGAGUGUAAAAGUAGCCUGCAGUGUUAUGCAGGCCAUCUCGGUCGUCUUUCUAACAGAAGCAACUCUCUAACAGAGGGAAUCAGCAGCUUUCUACUGAAGCGAAGAAUGAGAUCACUGGGUUUUCUGUGCAAGGUCAACUUCCAGGCAAGACACAUCAUGUUUAAAAUUCAGUCCUAUCCUCACCGAGCACUUGAAACACACUGUGCCAGCCGGGGAACCUGCUUGCCAUUAUGCAAAGAGGCGGCUGGCUUAAAGUAAAUACGUAAUCUUAAUGAAUGCUGAGAUCUGUGGAGGUGGGAGUGAGGGGAGCCCAAGUCAAGUAGAGAAGGGUCAGAGACGCAGGGUGAAUAAUCCUGUGUGUCAACAAGACACAGCUAGCCUGCUCUGUACCAAUGUAGCUGUGUGUACAGUAAAGUGGGUUUAACACUUUUAACUUAUAUCUUACCUUUUUGGGUUGCAAAAUUAAGGACAUGAAGAUAAUUUCCCAGCUGAAUUUCUUUCUUCUAUCUAAAAACUGGGACAUAAUUUCUCUUCUCAUCACCCGUAGAUAGUAGGUUCACAGGAAAUAAACAGAUGUGAUAAUGCAAGUAGGGAAAAGGAACUGUUGUUUGUAGUUUUUAAGAUGAUAUAUUCAAACUUCAGUUUUACAUUAUUCCAUCUGAAAACAAUUAAAAAUAAGGUCUGUUUCUACUAUAAAAGACCCUUUGCUUGUUUGUUUUAUACAUUGUGACCUAGGUCAUUGGCCCCGACUUGUCUCAGAUGCAUAAAUUUAAAACAAAAGGACAGCCAUUAGAUGACAUGUCACACAAUAUAGAGGUCUUGUUCUGGCCUCUUGCCUGCUGGCUGUGUCCUUUGCUUUGCCCACUUUGCUCUGCGAGACUGCCAGGACAUUGAGCCUGACACAUCAGAACCGCUGCUCUCUUGGUGCCCUCUUUCAUUCGCACUAUCACAGAGUCAAAGCCUGCAGAGACGAAGCUGUCCAGAGACUGAGCCCUGCUGGGUUUGACUGGGCCAAGAUCCGAUCAAGCCUCAAGGAGAGGGUCAUCCUCUUCCCUGACUUCUACUUGCUAUGAUCUCUGAACCGAUUCUAAAAAGGCCUCUGACUUGAUUUGAGCAGACAGUCCCCCUUGAAAGCUGCCUUUGGUUUGGCUUCUGUAGCCUGAGACUGGAAGAGCAGGGUCAGGCUACACACAGGCAGGAGGGAGCUCAAGCAAAGGCAGUGUGAGGAAAAAACAGAGCUCAUAGCCAUGCUCCAGGUGCAGAUGGCACACUGUUUUAUGUGUGGCCUCAAUGGAUUAUGUCAGCCAAGCUACUGGAGGCAUAUAAUAUGGAGAGAUCACACAAAAACAUUGUCAACCAAAAUUCAAAGAUUCAUUAAGAAAGGUCAUUUCCAUGACAGCAAAAGCCUAAUAGACAGCCAAGACUCCUGAAGUCACCACGAGGAUAAAAGCAAGCUGAAUAGAGAAGCUUCAAAAAGAGGAUGGAAAUCAUUAUUCCCCCGCCAUACAAAAAGGUUUGUACAGUAAACUACAGUCCAUUCAGAACCAAUUCUCUCGACAUGGUCCCAUUUACAUAAGGUUUUGAUGGGUAAUGUCAAGAAACAAUGUUCAAAUUGAGUACUUUACUUAAAAUCUAGCUGACAACAAAUAUGUAGGAUUUUUUUAAAGCUUCCAAAGCAAAGAAAUAAAAAGGGAGCUCUGACUCAAAUGUACAAACAGUCUCAUUAUUGUAUCCACUGGUUCAAUUAUUGACUGAAUAAUGCUCUUAUGUGUGCACAUUGUGAUGAUUUGAUCAAGGCCGACACUACCCUUAAGGAGUCGAGGCUGCAGCAACCCUGAAAACCAAUGAGGGUCAAAGGUCAGCAGAGGGGAAGCAAAGAUCCAAGUCUCAUCCUAUUGUGUGACAUGUUUCCUGCGCCUGCUCGCCCCAAAGGCUUAGUGUCAGUGUUAACACUUCAAACACUCAAUAUCUACACAAAACACAAAGGACACAACUGCUUGCCAUCCACAUCGUUUCUUCCAGGAACAGAGAUAUGGAUCCUUCCCAAAGGUCACUGCCUGCUGAAGUUUCAAUGAUUAGGUAAAGCUUUGUUGUUUGACUUUUUUCCUUCAGCAGAAAUAUACUUUAAGGUGCAAAUCGAGUAGUCUUUUCAAUAAUACGGAAUCAAAUUGAACCACAUUUUGUAUGUCAACUUGCAAAUAUAAUAUUCUUGUUCAAUUAUGCUUUACCUUUAAAAUGUAAAGGUGGGUAAUCAAACUCAAAUGUCAGAUAGGAACAAAUAUUUUGCCACGAGGACACGCAGACUACCUUUCUGAUCAUAAGUCAUAUUUACAAAAGUAGUAUGAAUGUUGCUUGCUGUGGAACAACAGCAACAAUGAUUCAAAAAGUUACUAUUAGGACUAUGACACACCUACAUACUCUGCUAGCUCACUUAAGGCAGAAUCCUCCACAGGAACCUUCCUUGCCCUGCCUUUCUUGAACCCGUGAACACUGCGCCUGCGAGCAUUUCUGAUACGCCACCACUGAACCUCAUUUAACAACACGCUCCAGAAUCAGCAUUGUUACCACAGGACUCUCUGUAACCAGAGUCCACCGUCUCUUCUGUUACACAUUUAUGGAAUCAUGCAGCAGAACACAGACAGCGUCAUUGGCUAAUCUCACAAGACCUGUAUCCAAUUUCAAGCAGGCACGGGUGAUUCAAGAAUCAAUCUGGUUAGCUUUCUGUUUUUAGCCUGCUGCUGUUAUACCCUGGGUGCAACUCAAAGAGAUCUCCAGUUUCCCUGGAUUGUGUCCCUGCUCCAAAGGUGGUAAUAAAACACCUUAUUUUAUGGGUCACUGAUUACUCACUGUACCCUGAUGUGUGUGCUGAGCAAGUACACAAAGCAAGAGGACUCUCCAUAUUUACGGUAUCCUUCAGUUUAGCAUUUAUUCUCUUUUUUUCCAGCACCACCGCACAUAAAAAAUAAAGAAAAAUCUUACAAGUGCAGCAGACAAAUAUAUAAUUGUUUGUUCAAGUGUGUUUUGCACAGUAUGAGACCUUCCGAUUGCUGCACCAAGUAGAAUGCACCGCAGGCAGUCUCUUGAGGGAAGGUCUCAUUUUCUGCCUCCCGCCGUGAAAUAUUCAGCCUGGCCUGAAAUAAUAUGGGACUCGUUUCAAGGCUUAGCACUUUUCAAAUAUGCUGGCAAUAAUGGACAGGGCAUCAAAUGAAGCACAGCCUCUCAUAGCAAGAGGAGCAGAGGUUUUGAAUCCCCAGCCAGGGUUUCACAUAACACCAUAGACAGUUGAAGUGCUGUCUGCAUGUACUGUGUCGUGAUUAGUUAUCGGAGGGAUGAGCCUAUGAACUGCCAACAAUUGAAAUUCAUGCAUCCAACAAAUGUAUAUCACAGUAUUAUUUCAGAAUAUAUAUGUUUGGAUGAUGCUGAGCACCAAAUUAUAUUUCCAUAUUUCUAUCCUGCUUUUUGCAUAUCAUCAGUGAAUCUGGAAUUUUAUUCAGCCUUAAAAGGAAAAGAGGAAAAUCAAGAGUGCACCAUAAAUGCAAUGAGAUGGAGUGCAGAAGAAUGUAAUAGGAGGGGGCUUUGGUGAAAGGAUUCAAGGAUUUAACAAUCCCACAUCCUCUCAGCCUGUCCUUCAUCUCUAAUAAUCAAGCUUGGCCACAGAAUAUCCCUCUGGAUGGAAAAAAAAAAAAAAAAAAAACAUGUUGCCGGUCCGCCUCUCACUCAUCUUUAGACUGCCAGUCUUGGGUCUCCCUCUUGAAGUCUUCUGUCACAUUUAUGGCUUCAAACAGCAAGCACGGCCUUUUUUUAACUGACUGCCAUGUCUUUAAAGGGAGAUAUCUUUUUGUAGUAUAUUAGCAUGAGAUGAAGAGCAGCGCGUCUGAUGCAAAGGGAGCCCUGAGAAGGCUGGACCACAGACACUAUGAACUUGUUUGUUGCUGUACACCAAAGGCCAUCAAAAUGAGCUAACCAGUCUCAGCUCAGGUGAACUACUACGACAGGCAACUCCAUAGAAACCCAACAAAUUCACUAACAAUCACGGUGCAUGAAUCUAACAGCCAUAUCUCACAGGUAUCGAGCAAAGUUUGGGAAAAGCUUGGUGUGCUGGUGUGUGAAAGUAUGACAAGCUGCUUUCAUCAGCUCUCAUUUUCAAGUGAGGAGGACUCUCAACAGACAGAAAACCCUCAAAUCCUCUGGUCAAACCUCAUUGACACUUCAGCCUUCAUACUCAAUUAUUUAUAAUUGAUUAAUCUAACAUAGCUAAUCAGCAUAAAACUUUGGCCGUCACCAUUACACACUAGUGGAUUAGGAGAAUGUUUAACAUCAGAUAGCCCCUUUAAAAGAUUUUUAAAAGUGUGUAGAUGGCAGCAUCUAUCUAUCUAUCUAUCUAUCUAUCUAUCUAUCUAAAUAAUAGACUACUCACCUCAAGAAGUGUUGGUGACUUCAAAUACAGGUGUAGAUUUCGUCCCAUGGCUAAAAACCAAAAUACUUUUCGUUCCUAUUAGAAUAUUUCCUUCAGAAUAAAAAUGGCCUAUUUUUUAAUCCUAAAAUCGUAUUUCGUCUUCCAAAACAGAGAGACAACUUUGAGGCUAAAAUAAAUAAAUAAAUGAAAUUAACCAAUGAACACGCUCAAAAUAAAGUUUUGUGUCUUAAAAAACUUGUCAAAGACUUGUAUUUCUUCCAUGCCCGGAAGGCGGCUGUAAAUGAGAGCUGCACCGUGAUGAAGGAUUUCCUGGACCCGGAGCGUCCACUGAGCGGCGCCGCAGCCCGCAACUUCCGCAGAGAGGCUGCAUCCAUCCAGGCAGAGCCAGCCUGGUUGGUGCUUCCUCUCUGCGACACACGCUGCAGGCCAAACCGCUCCCUCACUCUCUCCGUGUUGGGUUACAGUGACAAGGGCCCUGUCUGAACCACGACUUUUAGAAAGAUAAUAUUACAGGUAGGUGCAAGCCACGGACCGUGUCAAUAUCGAUAGACAAAUUAAGCAUUGAAAAACAAGACCGUGACCCAGAAAUUCUCGCUUUAAUCGGGUCACCGUGCUCGUUUUCAGCGCUGAGUGAUAAUGGCACCUCUCACUGUCCUUAGCAUUUGAAGUCCCCUUACCGAAACCUGUAGCUUUUGGGGCAGUGAAAAUUGUCCAGCUGGACGCCUUGUAUUUUCCCCUAUUGGUGCCUUUGUGUGUGUUUUGAGCCUUGUACACCUGCCUGCUGAUAGCUUUCAACGUGUUUUUUUCAUCUAGUUGAAGGUCAGUUCUCUAAUGAGCUGCUGUGUGGAUUUGUAGCAGCAGAGCAAUAACCGAGGAUGGAGCUUGUUUAAUGUGUAUCAGUAAUUCAAUUGUAAAGUAAGUUAAAAUAAUAAAUAAAUAAAAAAGGAAAUUUAAGAAAAAGAAAGAAAACAUUUUUUCCCCUUAUAUUCAUCUACCCUUUAUUCAUUUCUGUAUCAGCCCCACUUUAUUAGGACUACCAUCUUCAACACAGCGCCCCAGUAAGAGCACAUUUCUCUGACCCUUUUGUUAGCCGUGCCAUAUGCUGGAGGACUGUACUGAUUUAACUUGAGUGAAAAUCUUCAGUAAAAAAGGGUAAAUCUCUUACACUUGCUGGGGUUUCUUUAUGUUUCACAUGGGAAGCCAGGGAAGUCCAAGCAGGCUUGUCGGGUGUCCAAAGAAAUGCCGAGAUGCAAGCUGAAAUUUCUCUGAAAUAGGCCGAACAGAGAGCGUUUUGCUCCUACAGGGUUUUUGUUCAGGGUUCCACAGAGAAAGCCCAAUGCAAAGUGGGCCUACAGCCAACUGGGAUGGAUUCUGGGGUGGAACCUAAACAGAUGGGAAAUAGUAUAAAGGUGAACACGAGGUCAAUCUGAGCUUCAGUGAUAAAGCUUUGGGCACUGCUCAUAGCACUGUUUUAAAAGUUGACUUAAGAAAACAGAUUGUGUGGUCAGAAUAAACUCUUAAGACCAUAUUGGAGCAUUUUUUACAGGCUUCUUUUGUCUAGAUUGCCACAGGCGGAAGCAGCAGACACCAAAUGGUCAAAAAAUUGUUAUCAUUAUGUUUGUCUGGAAAUCAGCAGAAUGGGGGUGUUGAUUUCCAGCGGGUGGGUUUUUUCUUUGUCCCUUUUUUGGUUCUAACCCAGAUUUUCAUGUUUUACAGGACCACAGCUGAUCCUUCUCCCAGUACACAAUUGAGAUGGAGGAGGUUAAAGCUCUCUGAACGCAUGGGACCAUAUUGCAGGUAAUUAAUAUGUCAGCUCAAUGAUGAACUUGGUCAAUACAUCUAUCACCACACUUACUUGUAACUGGAGUAGCUCGUGGGAUGCAGAGAGCGCAGACUGGGAGUACAUUUGUCCAUUAGUAAACACUUCAUAGUGUGUGUUGUGAUUGGGGAGGUAGCGGGGCUCCUCUUCGUCCAGUUGCAGUCAUUUUCGCCCGUCACCUCCUCAUUGCUGUAAAAACACUUGCUGUGGUUUGGUAGAUUAACAGAGAGCCCCCUAAUGGAGUAAUUACACCGAGCCAAACAUCUAUUUUUCACCUGUGCUCUGCCAUUAUUCUCUGUCCCCUAUCCACUCCAUUGGAAGUCACUUACUCUCCUUACAAUGAGUUAUCAUUGACUGCCAUUUAGACGUUCUGGAGCAAUUUGUCUUACUGAGGCCACGCGCUGGCCUCAUUGCAAAGAACAAUCAUUCUCCCUCCAAUAUAUAAAACAUUCAUGGGGAAAAGGAAGAGAAAAUGCCUCACAAACAGAUAGUGGAGAGCAGCUAAUAGAUACUAUAAAGGUGACAGACAAGGAAAAUAAUGUAGGAGAUUACUGGAGCGGGAACAAGCCUGCACAACCAGUACAAAGCUUCAGGGACUGAACUGCUGGAGGAAAAAAAAUCCUUCACCAGACAAAUGUGUUAAAUGGGUAGUAUGGCAGCUACUGCUGGUGGUAAUUGCUGUUGCUGCAAACAAAGUAUGAGUCUCAAUUUAAAAUCUUGAUCAUAUUCUUUAAUCUGCAAUUGUAAAUUAUUAGAUUAUCUGCCUUUUUAUUGACUUUUUUUUGUUUUAGAAGUGUUAUUCCUCUAUUCUUUUUAACAACAAACAUUUUAAGUUGGUUCUUCUCUCACUGUAUGAUUGCUAUUGAUUGACCAAGAGCCCUUGAUAUUCACCCUUCGCUUUUCAUGCUUUGGAUCUUUUUCUCCUGUGAAGAAUGUUAAGAGAAGAUCUUUUUCUUGCCCUGGCUUUUGGGUCAUUUUGUGCAGUUGCAGUCUGAUUUAUUUGCCCAAUUAAAAUGAAUAGUAUGGAAGAUUUUUAAAAUGCACUUUUAAAGGAUACAAACUAUGGCAAUCUUGAGGAAAAAAUGCAGAUUUGUGAGUGUAAAUCUAUUGUUUUCUUAGCACUGUGUUGUCCAAAGAGAGACAAUAGUGUAUAAUAUUAUAUUGUAUACUGAAUAUUAUUACUAAUGAUAGAUUACAGCUAUGAGUCUGUUUGACACAGGGCUCCUAAAGUAAGCAUUCACUGUAGAUCUUUUGUACUUUAUUGCCCAGUCAAACACACCUUGGAAAGGGUUAAUCACAAUCUUAACUGAGUGUUUGUUAGAUUAGUCUCCCUCUCCGCUUAACACAAUGACAAAUAACCAUUAUUCUUUUUCUUGCACUGAUAAUCAGGACAACUUAAACAUUUCUUACCAGCCCAAGUGAAACCAUUAAUCCUCAGUGAUACUGCUGAUAAGUGGUGACUUUGGAGUAAUGGCCCUGUCACCUUAAAAAAAAGACCAAAAUUUGAACAAUUAAAACAAGGUGUCCAUUGUAUUUUGUGUUUCCAAUCUCUUUGUGUCAUCAGUAGGGAUCUACUGGCGUUGUUGAACCAUAGAAUGAAAUUAGCCUUUUUUUAUGAUAAACACUGAAGGAAACAGCAUCCAUAUUCAAAAUAAUCACUUUGACAACUUAAAAGCUGUAAAAGAAGUGCCUCGGUCCUAAAAAAGGAGAAAAAAAAAUCAUUUUAGAUGUUAUAUUUUUGUGCUUUUGUGAGCUUCUCUUGAAGGUCAGAGCAGAAAGGGGAACAAAGAAGAUUUUCAUGCAGGAUGUGAUAAAAGAUGUCCAAGGCUACAACACAUGGACCUGACAUGGGUCAGUAGCUACAAAUUGGAUGUGCAGCUAUUUAGUGAAAGAGUUAGUUCAAAAAAAUAAUUAAUUAAUAAUAAUAAAAAAGGUAAAUAGCCCUUUUUAUGUAAUUUUCAGUGAUAGUUUGUGUAUUCAGCGAAAUGGGACUUCCUGCUUGAUAACAAAAACAAGUCGUGUUUAUUAUGGGCUCAAGGGAGUUGAGCUUAAGUUAUGAAGACCUAAGGGCUAAUGUAGAGUUCGAUUGGUGGAUUGAUGGCUUAUGAAAAAUUUGGUAGGUUUUGACCCCGGUUCUAUAAAAGCGGAUAAUAUUUUUUUUUGCAUUUUGCAUCUUUUCCUCCAUGAAACAUAAUGUUAAGUUUCGUGCUUGUGUGGCUUGCUGCCUUCAGUCAAAGCCACAGCCAGACUUUACAUGUACAGCUAGAUGGAUGUAUAGGUGGAUACUGAUAAGUGAUGCAGUUUGCAGUCGCUCACCAUGAAGACUUUUGUCUUAUACCAACUUAAAUGUAAGACGGUAUAAGCAGGAGACAAAAAGACGUCAUAUAUCCCUUGAUACUUUGUUGUUGAUAGCUGUCUUAUCACAAGCUAACUGUUGGUACCAUGAGGAAAUAUUUAAAGACCUCAUGUGGGCUAAUUGAAAAUCUUUCAUUUUAAUAGGUUCCAUAUUUCAUCUUCGCUGUCUCCAGCACUAAUCAGUUGUUGAUGUAACUGCACAAAGGUUUUACUCUAUAACUGACAGGAUGAUAACAAACAUGCAUAAUUGAGAUGUUGAUUGAUUAUAAUUUCAGAUUAUUUGCCCGUUUUCAUUUAAUCACUUCAUGUGUCUUGACAUCAAGGAAGAAAUUGUGUUUUAAUGAAACCAGUCAGGCUGUUUUGUUGAUCUGGUAUUUACCUCUUUGUAAAUGUUCAGGUUGUUCUGAACUUAAAACCACAAUUAUUAGAAUAAGAUAAAAACAAGCUCAUAGGAAGGGAAAUGUGUUCAAGUUGAAGUUAAAGAAAAUCGUAUUCUUGUGUUGCAUCAAGCACAGUCACCAAAAAUAGGAUGCACAUAGUGAGUCAAAGUGCCUAAUUAGCGAGGUGAAUGUUUUUAGAGUAAGCAGGUAACAUACUCCAAACAGAUGGUGCGGAAAAAUGCUUGUAACACCUUUUUUAGACUAAAAGUUAAAAAUGGGAGUAAACCUUUCACAGAAGUUGACUAAUAAUUCAAAUGCCUGAAUAACCAAAGCACUUGCUGGGCAUUCAGAGUGUCUUUGCUGUUAAAGAUUUAAGGGGCUGCUGCUCAUAUAGGGCAACAUGACAGAAGAAAAAUAAGUUUGGUUCAGGAACAUCAGCGUUGGCGUCUAUUCCUGCUGACAUUAUCUGGCUCCAACAACAGAACCAGUUUUAAGACCUACCCCAAAUUGUCCUGGAUGUUGGCCAUUGUUUGGAAUAUGUAGUAUGGUAGUAUUUUGUUUUAUAGUUUUGUCUGUCUACGAUACCAUAUCAUUAUUUUUAUCUUUUAUUGAACAUAUAGUCUUUGGUCCUACAUGCCAAACCCACCUCUCCUUGGCAUCAAUGCUGUCCAAGCCACUUAAAACUCUAUGGCUGUAGCUCUGUUUGGAUCAAAGGGGGUUCAGGGGCCAAAGUUUCAAAUCCCCCAAAGCCCAUUUUGGCUACUCUUUGUUUAGCCCAUUGGCAUUCUGACCCCAUGCUUCUCGGACUUUGAACUCAAAGCUUGGAAAAGCCGUAUCGCUUCUUUAAACACAUUAUCAGUUGGCUAGGUUUUAAGAAUAUCACUAAUCAUCUUAAGGUUUUAGUGCAGUGUGGCAGCAUCGCUCAAGCCUGGGGCCCAUUUACGGACAUAGGCACUAGUUUUCCCUCUAAUACAUGAUAAACCAUAGCAGCAAGUGUUUGUAAGUAUAUGCUCCACAUACUAGAGGAGCUUACAUAUUCUACAAACUGCUGCAAUAAUUUACCAAAAAAUGGAACUGUUUGGACAAAUUAGUUUAAUUCACUCCUUGAUAUUGGAGACCUAACAUGCUGAGUGCACUUUGUGUAACACCUAACACUUGGGAGAUGAGACACACUCACAGCAGCUUCCUCUGUACAACAUUUUAUCAUUAUAUCAGUUUUUAUUACAUCUCAUUUUAGCUCUAAUAUCUUACUUGGCUCUGUGUGUCAGGCUGAGAUUUUUCUCACACAUCAGAGAACGUGUCUUGAAGUUAAAUGUUAACUGUUAAUUCGACAGUUUAACAAAUAGUGAAUGCAUUACUGUCAAGAGACUGGCAUGGAUGUAAUGCACACUCUACAAAAACAACCCAUGGCAGUGGUUUAAAUGGUUGGAAAGACGCUCUACUGUUUAUUUUUACGUAUAAAAAAAUGUAUGAAAAAAAAGAUUUAUCACGCUGAGAUAAAAACCUGGUCAGUCAGACAAUUUCUGAACAUUUUGGUCUGAAAAAUUGUGCACGUACAUGUAAAGAUGUUGUCUUUAUCUUACUGUGCUCUGUGCCAGCAGUGCAACAUGUUUUCCAUUCUCCUGUUUGAUACAUAAUUUAAACUCCUGGUAUUCCUGGUGACGAAAAACAGUCUUCACAACACAUAUGAUGAUCUCUUUGUGCCUGCUUGUUCCCCUCAGCUCCUCUCACACCUCUUGCAGCUCAUCAGACCUCGUACUUAUUAUUUGGCACCUCAAAUCACAUUGUCUUUAUCUGGAAAUAUUUCAGCUGCAUUUCUGCCACUCUAAAGGAAGAUGAAAAUAAAGGAAAAGAAGGCAAAAACACACCUUGUUGUGUGAAUCCUGGAGAAGGCCUUGAACCCUGCCAUUCAUCCCUUUCACUUCAUCAGCUGAGUCUAAUUGCCAGAGAGGACAGGAUACCCAGGGCCCAAUUGUUCCUUAUCCUCUUUGGAGCCUCUGAGGCAUGAAAAGCGAAAGGCCUGCUUUUGAUCUUUUUUUUUUUGUUAGUUUUUUUUUUUCUGUCAUCCCCCUACUAUCCUUUCCCUUAGUGAGACACUCCUUUCACACUGUGCCCCCUUCUUCAACCACCCAAAAUAAUUAUCAAGCUCUGCUUCAUCAAAUAAUGGUAGAUAUUGGGGGUCAUGAUGGGAAGGGCCAGGGGUCUGCAGGGGUGGCCUUCGGACUUGGUGGAGCUCCCAACUCGUCUUAAAGGCAUGCUCCUUAGCUGCAGCUACCUUUUUAUACCUUGACCCCGGUUUUCGUUUGUCUGUCCUAAUGAGACCCUUUCAUGCAGCCAUUGCAAUGGGGGUCUCGCAAUGGCAGGGUUGUGAGGCCAAAGUACAAUGAGGCACAGGGCUGUGUUCAGACAAGGGCGCAUCUGUGCUAUCUUAUUAAGCCUUGGAAAAGAGCUCAUGCGUCUCAACGUCCCAUAGGCACUGAGAGCAGAUCUAUUGACACCUACUUGUCCUCUGUGGUCAACACCUUUGAGUGAGUGGCCGGCACACCCAAGUUCUUGUUAGAAGUAUUUCUUGGCAGGGUAUUUAGUGAGCUAGAGUGCUUAACCCACUUUGGGUGGCCAUGUAGCGCGAGGAUAAAGAAUGCAAUGUAAUGAAAAAUUCCUUGGAACUAGAAAAAUGGUGAGGGAUGUCAAGACUAGUUUGGCAAAAGCAAACAGUUUUAUGUUAAAUAAAGACCACCUUAGUCUUUCUGAUGCUCCUUCUGCACAUGAUUUUCAGAUUGAAAAACACUCUUGAGCUGUUAAAUCAAUUUGAUUCCGUUGCCCCUACUACGUUUGGCAGUUAUUCAGAAACUGGUCAGAAUUUGAAAAAUUAAACUGCCGGUUAAGAUCUUGACAUUUCCGAAAAAAGGAUUACUUUAAAAGAAGAAAUGAGGCUAAAAAUAGCCAACCUGACCACCUUUUAAUGUACAAUAAACUAAAGGGACAGCGUGAUAUACUAUAAGUCGAACAAAAUGACAAACAAAAACACAAGUAGGCAAACAAAAACCUUUAAGCAAUCAUGUUAAGCACGCCUAACAUCUGAGCACUGUGCGAGAACAAAGCAGGGCUCCUGUCAGCACAUCGAUCUGCUCCUGAAGGCACACACAUCCAUAGCUCUCUGAUUGCUCCCUGCCUCUUGCGCCUCUCUCCCCCGCGCCUCUAACUCUCUCUGCUCCGGCUCCUUUCUGAGAAUGUGCUUAUCGAUCUGGCCUACUUCGCUGAAGUUAACUCAGUGAUAAAACCUGACCAAGGGCUUCCAAUGGCCUGAAAGAGUUGGGAGAGCUGUCGAGAAGACAUGAUGAUAAGAGAAAUAAUGCUGGCUGGAGUCAUCACAUGAAGUUAGAAGAGGAUCUGCAUAAAUGUGACAACACCAGUUAAGACUUUUUUUGAAAUGUAACCUGUUAUAGUGUAAUGAUCAGUUUGAUUCACAAUAUCUCACAGCUGUUCGAGCUCUGAUCACACUCAUAAUGUGUGAGGUUGUGAAAAGCAACCUGAUUAUGAAAGAUUGAUUUGAACAUGAAUUAAAUAACUUUAAAAAAGCACUUUUAUGUUUUUUAGAAGAUACAGUAAAUAUUUGCACACCCAACCAGUUUUUUUGUCUUCUCACUUGCUGUUUAUUAAAAAUGGCUGCACCUGUAACAAAUUUUAUUUACAGGAACAGAUUUAGUUAUAAACACUCACAUCCUUUUAUUUUAGUUAGGAUAUGUUUGACUAAAAAGCUCCUGCUGUAUCUCUGACACGUUUUGGACAUUUAUUUUUGCUCUUCAGAUGUUAAAGGCAUCCUCAUAACGCAGGGCUUUAAUUUAAUAAAGAGUAGGCUGAAUAGACAGGGAAUGACAGGGAUGCACAAAGCAGUGUCGGUCUUUUCAUUCAUGUGUGAUUGGAGUUGAGUCAGUCAAAGUAGACAUGAGGCGCUAUGUCUGCUGCACUAAAUUUAAAUGACCAAAAUAAUCACACACAGUGAUUGCAGUAGGGGUGGGAGAAAAAAUCGAUAUAGCAUAGUAUCGCCAUAUUUUGUCUGGUGAUAUAUCGUAUCGUCUUAGUUAACAAGUAUCGAUUUUUUUUUUACUAAUUGCUAAUAUGAAGUCAAAUCUAUGAUAAUGGAAAAAUAAAAUCAACUGUUUGUCCAGUGAGGUUGGCAGAGGUGACAUCAUAGAGCAGGAGAAAGUUGGUACAACAAAUAUAUAUAUAAGGUUUGCAAGAUGUGCAACAAAUAAAAUACUGGACCCUAUUAGAAAAACAGAAAGGGAAGCCAAAUGCUAAAUUAGCUAAACAGUUGAAAAAACUAUAUAAAUCGCGAUAUAUUGUAUCGCAAUACUCACUGUAUUGCAAAAUGUUAAAAAUAACGAUGAUAUCGUAUCGAGGCCCAAGUAUCGUGAUAAUAUCAUAUCUUGGAGUCACUGGUGAUUCCCACCUCUAGAUUGCAGUAUCACACUGGGAAAAAAAGUUGUUUUAGACUAAGUUGUUGCAUUCAUUUGAAUGGGAACCCUAAAUGUAAAAGAAGUUUUAUUUGGCUAUAAGCUGGACAGACUUAAAGGAAAAUACUCGAUUGUCUUCAGCUCUGUACUUCAGAACAAGUCAUUGUUGUUGAACUGUUGUACAGCGGAUUGCACAUCUCCAAUUAUCAACUGCUAUUUGUGAUUUUUAGCGCACAAAGACAUCAAAAUGUCUGUGUGUUUGUAAUAAAAAGUGACUCAUGUUUUGUUUGUCACUGUGUGUAAUUGUGUCUCCAGAGUGUGAUUACAUUGUGUGUCGGUUUGUGUAUAUUUUUUGCAAGUGUGUUGUGCUGUCAUGGUUGUAACAUUCCAUGUGGGAGGGUCUGUUGAUAAGUAAGCCAUCUGUAGUGUUCUGCCGAGCGACAUGUUGUAGAGCGAGAUUUCAGAGUGUGGAGAGACUUGACUUGACAAAUCUUGGCACAUAAUGAGACAGAAGGGAGUAAAGGCAGAAGUCUGUCCAGAGAUAAACAAUUAGAUUUGUCCCUGAGGUAAAGGCCAGGCAAUGCAAGGACUCUCAGACUAACAAAAUCAAUAUGGCUUCCAGUAAGAACACUCAGGGGGAAGAGUGAUGAAGAGGUUAACAUUCAUUUCUCAGAUUAGGACACAUGUACACAAUGAGCAACAAUAAUGCUUUAAAAAUCAAUAUGAUCAUGAAGGCUGCUUGUCAGUAGUGCGUACAUUUGAAAGUAUGCAUCUGAUAUUCAUCUAUCUGUCAAAUGUCAUCGGUCUAAUGAGAGAUGAUAACAUAGAUCAACAGGGAAGCUGAACUGAGCCAGUUUUCUUCAGCAGCCAAUUGUGAGAGGAUCUUUGAGGAGACAGCGUUUGGGAAUGAUACUUUCACACCCACAGAUAAAACCAUAAUGGAGCACGAGCCACAGACAGAGUGGGCAGUCCCUUUGCGUUGCAUCCCCUCUGCCCGGACUUGAAGGUCUAAUCUAACAUCUCACCACUGUUCCCAGCAGGCCUCACAGGGGCAGCACUGCCAGGGCGAAGAGGGUAAGACUGUUGGCUGUAUCGCUCCUGUACAAGCUUCAAAGUAGACAACAAAAAAAGAGAGAGAGGAUGAAUGGUUUUUGGGUUGAAGUGGGGGCGAUCACGACUGCUGUUAGGAAGGGAGGUCUCCUUAGAGACGCUAAGUCGCUGACCAUAAAGGUGCGAGUCUGAGCCAUGGCCAGCCUGUCGCUUCAUCUCCAUGGAGACAGCGGCUUGGCACCCCAGUGGGCUUGUCUCUGCUGUGGCCCUGAGCAGCAAGAGCACUUGGGGAUGUGGCCUGAGCAUCACCUGGGCUCCUAGGGAACCAGGAGGCACUGUUCUGUUGACCCUCGACAACCUGCCAGUCUGUCAUCGGGGCUUGGGAAAUAACACAAGAAAAAUCAGCUGGGGAUUCUAGUGGAGACAUUGUUUACGGGACCAUUGUAUCUUUGGAGGAGGCUCUUUGUUCAGUGGGAAUAAACUAUAAAGAAAGAUGUACUUUUCACAACAUUUCACUUGAUGUUCAAAAAUUCUCUUUAUCACCCCUCAAGUCAAAAUAAUACCAGACUUUCUUAGACUGCACUGUACUUUUGUACUUUGUAAUUUUCUGAUUGGUUCGCCAAAGAAAAACAUCUGGCAGUGGAGGUAAAGGGUACAAGUAAAUUUACAUAAUUAGUCUGCAGUAUUAUCAUACAGAUUGUUGUAUUUCCAACUCAGAUUUUUCUCUGCAAGUGAUAAAACAAUGAAAUCACUGUUUGGAAAUGGCCCACCUCACCACCUCAGUCAAUUUUAUGGUAAAAAAAAAAAAGUUCUUUAUUUAAAACUGUUGCACCUGCUUUUGUACCACAACUAAUCAUGAAAGUGCAAAAAGUACUCUAAUGAAUAUAAAAAAUGAUUUGCUUUGAACUAAUAAUUAUUUUCAUACAUUUUUGAUGGUUAAAUGUGUCGGUUGUUUCUUUAUUUUCUUUAUGAAAAGUUCUUCAAAUAAAAAGAGAGAAAUAAACAUCUAAAACCACAGUUGUCAUCUUUAGAUUUCCUGUUUUUCGAUGAACUAACCCAGGCUGGGUAAUAAUGAAGUGAAGAUUAUAUUGAACCACAGGAAAAGAAUGUGAUCCUUACAUGUUAUAUGGCUAAUUUUUGUAAUGAAAACGCUGAAUCAAUCAUCACAACGGAGGGAAAAAAACACGCAACGUAAAGAUGCACUCCGUCCUCUAAUGUUCAGAGAUGUGGACUCCAAAGUAAUAAAAAAAAUUCAACAUGAUUAGAUAUACAAUCUGGAACAUCAGAGUAAUUCCUGUAUAAUUGUAUAGACUAUUGUUCGCAUCACUGUGAUAAAUUAUUGCCAAAUGGGAUCUCAAAUCUUCCGUAUUGGAGUGUAAAGCAGCCUCAUCCAAACCGUUCCCUGGAGACACUUGUGUUGCUUUAUCUGACAAACCAAUACAGGAGAUUCUGUGGAAAAAUCUGUGCUUUCUUUCUUUCAGCCAAAAAAGAAGGGGGGAUUUUGAAUGGAGUGGUGAUUCUUUAUGCAGAGCCGAGACGCGACACCUUCCAGACGGUGAGAGAUGGCGAGCCCUAAUAAUACUGAGCUGUACAAUGGUUCUGACAGGCGAGCAAUAAAGCAAUCAGGGUCCCAGGCAUUCCAAAUCUCUUUACCGCCCACCCUCUAACAGACUGGGAGAUGGGCGGCUGACCUGUGAGCUGUCAAUCAUGGGGGAUACCUGCUGGAGCCUGAUCAGGGAGAGCUGAGGGCACCAGUCCAUCAGAUCUGUUUUCACACUCCAGACACUAACAUUGCAAGCAUAACCACAGACACAAAAAGCCCCUCCGCCUUGCUCUUAAUUAGGAGAUGUGUGUGUUUUUUUUCCUCUUUUUAGGGGGGAAGGGGGGACUUGUUUGGUUUAAAUGGGGAUGGGAGUGUCUUAGAUAUAGGGGGGAUAGUAAGUGGAAUCCCAGUGAGACAGAGAAUAACCUUUUCCCUUGAUUUGGGAAUCAGGCAUUGAUCUGUCACGCUGUUUUGUACAAGCAAGAGCUCUUUCAGCAUUGCCUCUCAGUGUGUAUUGCUUCUCAGGGUGUGUGCUUACGCGAUACAUGUGUGGGAUGGGUGGUAGGAUUGGGGGGUGGGGGGGGUUGAAGCUUGUUCAUUAGCUGUCUGUAGCCCAUUCCAGCAAAUAGAUCACCAUAAUACUGUGGUUAGUUAAUGGCUUUCUGGUGUUUCCUCUAGAGUCUUCCUGUCUGAGGGCUGACUGCUAAAACUCCUCCACUGGUUUCUCCUCCUUCUCCAAGUGGGGAGUCGUGUGUUCUGCUGCCUAACUCACACAAUUGGCUUCAGCCAGCAGCCAAGUCUGUGAGCAGUCUGGCCACAUGGAUUCACAUUAGAGAAGUAAAAGCAACAUCACAAAUAACAUGCUGAUCUGACAUUCUGUCUCACCGAUGAUGACUGGAAUCAUAUUGGUGCUUCACAGUCCCUAGUUUGUGACAGGAAGCGUUUUCCAAAUAGGGAGCUGUAUUUCUGUGGCAUUUGUGGUAUUGGUUAUGAUAUUUACCCACUCUAAGUAGAUCAUUAAUUAUUCUUCAUACUAGAGAUAUCACAAAAUACAAUAAAUAUGCAUUUUGGUGCACUAAAGCAUCAAACACUGUAGACAGUGCUUAAGAUAUUUGUCUGAAAAAUGUUUAAAAAUCUAUAAAACUUUAACCCAGGACUGUUAAUCGCGGUUGAAUGACAUUAAUUUUACUGUUAAAAGUCAGUCAGGUACUAUACAAUAUUGCUCAGGGCAAACUUGCUGUAGGGUGGAUACAAAGUGACUAAUUUCCCAGCAAAUUUAAGUGGCAAUUUAAAAUUUGACCAACCAGACAGAGAGAAUCACCAGCCAGGCCUUCACGCCUCCUAACAUUAAAGCUGAUCAUCUAGAAAUAAAACUGGGAGAUGAAAUGGCGAUAGCAAGACUACAGGUCUCUCAAAGAGGCUCUCCAGACCAUAUAGAUCCAUAGUUGGCUCAACCUUUUAAAUAACUUAAAGUAACUACAUCAUAUAACUAUAACUAUAUGAUUGCUUUUAGUGGGCAGGGCUUAACCAGAGGCUUUAAAACUUCACUUAAAACAGUAUUUGCCGGCAAGUAAUUUUAAGCUUUUUUUUAUUAGCAGUGAAAGAUGACACGAGUGCGUCUGACUAUGUGAGGUCAAUCACCUUCUGUCACCGAGAGUGUAAAAAAAUGAAAUAAAUUAUCACCAACCAGUAAAAUCAGACUGACCUUCAUUCAGUGAAUGAAUUUUCAGACAUGACUGCCAAAGGUGUGGUGGCCCAGGCUGGAAAUUUACUCUGCCCUUGUAGAAAACAGGGUGUGUGUGUAAAAAUAAGCCAAAAUUUAUACUUGAUGACCAUGGCAAUGGCACAAACAUUUUUCUCCAGUUGGUUUUGCGAACAAAGCUAACGUGCUUUAACAGUUAAGAGAGAAAUUCUCUAUUCCUCUUAAUGCCUUUCCAAUUUGUGAUCUGAGGAUGAGGUUCAUGAAGAAUAUACAUUCAUCUAUCCAACAGUAGUUCUUCAUUUUGUAGAUAAUGCCACAGCUUCUUUUAUUCUGGCCCAUAACACUGAAAGACAGUAUUUUGGGAGUAUCCCAUGGUGGCGAUAAAUACUUGCCUUCAGUUUUACUCUUUUUUUUCUUUAAAAGGUCUUUGAGCAAGGUCAAGCAUCUUACAAGGCUAGAGAAACAAGGCAUUAAAGUUCAGUCAUUAGAUAGAACAAAGACUGAUGGUAGUACUGCAGUUUGGGUUUUAUCUGGGACAUUCACAGAGAUCGCCACUGUCAUAGUAUAACUUCUGUAACAGUAGCACACAACUUAGCUACAAGCCUUUAAAAGCACCAAGAGUAAAUCUCCAGAUGGAGGAUGGAUUCAUUUCUCUUUUGGUUUACAAUAAACCAAAGAAGCAUUUCUUUGUUAGUUUCUUUAAAUUGAUUUUUGGAUGAAUUUGUAGUUUAGACCCCAGGGCUUCAAGACCUCCAGCACGGUCCCCGAAAUCCGGCUCGUUAUUUUAUUUUUUCAAUGUUGGAAAAAAAAAACACACACACAAUAAAACCCCCUAGUUAGUUAGACCUGGAUUUGACCGGUAGAGGGCAGCAUUGCGCUCGGUGGCGUACAGCUUGCCAGAGAAGAAGAAGAAGGGGAAGAAGACGCGUCAGCGAGCGGGGAACGGCUAAUUUGAAACGAUUGAAGCCAGGUACUGCGAUUUUGGAAGCGGGGGUGAAAAACAAGUGGCGUUGGGCUUGGGGCGGAGGAGGCUGAAAAAGAUGGGAAGCCUCACGGUAGCUGGUGCCGAAAACUGAAAGAGCCAGGUGCUUAUUUUUGUGUGCCAUCCGCCUCAAAGCUUACAUACGGCAGUUGUGGGAAAAAGUUUGGUAAAGAUAUUCACAGAUUCGGACUUCCGGGAUCGAUAACUCUGAGGCGAAACGUUGUCUAAACACAAAUGAUGCCUCUUUCACAUCUUAAUAGCACAGACUACUAGCUACAAGAAUCAAAAACAGUUUAUUAAUUUUACAAAAUCAAGCCAUUCUUCGAGCUGGAUGAACAAUACUCUCUUUGCACCGUCGGUCACUGGGCGAGUUUCCAGGGAUCUUCAGCAAAUUACGAUACAAGAGCAUGACGCUCCAAACAAAAAAAUCAAUAGCUCCACUGUUAUACAGUACAGAGACUCCAAAAUCACCACACACACACACCAAGGGACUCUUCAAAGUCAUACUACAACAGCUGUUUUGGGAAAAUGUAUGACAAUACAUUAAUCACAAAAUGAGAGUCAACCAAAUCACUGUGUGAGUGAUCAGGUUUUCAUGCACUUGCUUCCUGUAAGGCUCAAAAAAGCACUGUCGAGAAAAAAUCCUGUUCUGAUUUUAUUUUUUUUUUCCAUUCGGGAAAUGUUUGAGACAAACCGCUCAAUAAGUCACAAUUAGAGAGGGAUGCAUUAGGAGAAUUUACUGUAUAAACCAGACUGAGAAUGUUGUUUACUGAAGGACAGAGAAACACAGAGGUGAUGUUGGUUUUGCUUUGAAAACACACUUUGGGGACUUUUUGUGUUUAUGUUGUCAAGUCAGAGAUUGUAGGUUUAAGGUUUAAAGGUAUCAGGUGGUUGUAAAAGAAGGUUUCCAGAAGAAGACGACUGUGUUUGCUCCUUCAAAACAGUUAAUGCAUCACUACAGAAGCUAUGGUAAUAGUUUGUGUAAUGUAAGAACGGAGUUUUCUGUUAUUGUAAGCCCAGGGUGAGUGCAUCUUAAGUUUUAUUCUCAGGUGUUUUUGUCUGAAGAGAAAGUAGGGGGUAGAGAGUGAGGAGGCAUGCAGCAAAGGGUCAUGGCUGAGUGUCGACCAGCAACUGCUGCAGUGAGGACAGAAAUCAUCUGUGUAGUGUGGUGAGCACCUCUAAGCCAACCAACAGUGCAUGUGUGACAUAUAUUAGAGCUGGACAUAUCUCAUACCAUCACAGAUUUUGGAAUAAAAUGUUCUCUAGAUGGUGUUUUAAUUUUGUCUUAAACUUUUCCACUUUCCCAACAUAAUGCAGGAAGAUUUUCCUGUUGAAAGUGGCAAAUAUUAAAAAGGAAAUUAACAUUUUUAGCCACUAUAAAGUAAAUAUGUGUGAAUAUGUCAUAUACAAUGAAACUAACAUUGAUUUUUUUGUUUGUGAAAAAGUCAUCUAUUGUUCUGUCAGUUUUAAAGUCACUUAAAAAUAAUUAGAAAUACAAUCACUGCAGUUUUUAGUCAUUAUCCAAUCUGUAUCCAAUUACAUGGUCAUAGAUAUAUAGAGAGCUAAGGCUACUAAAGUUCUACCACACUUUCAAGCUGAUUAUUUUCACAGUACUUAAUCUGUUUUUGUAAUACAUGCAUGUGGCUUAAUUGGGAAACUUGUUCAUCAAUCUAAACAAUUAGAAAGAUGAUAGCAUUGUGUUGUUAAGCACAGCAAGAGUUUACUUUUUCUGUACUAAAGUGCAUAAAUGAUACUUGACGAGUGAAAAAGUGCAUUUUUGAGACCCUGCUUUGGAAGUUUUUGUUUUUGAGUGAAUCCAUCAGUCCUCUUCCAGAGAGAGUCUGUGUAAUUUUAUCUGACAGUUCGUGUUUGUGGGGGGGUAGUCUGUGUCUGGGUGCUGUGACUCCUGCUGACAGGUUUUACAGUAAGAAUUCAGAAAUCUUCAAAUCUUGGCCCCUCCCAAACUCCUGGGAUCCCUGCUUUAUGUGCCGAAAAGUAAACGGUCAUUGAUAAAAGAUGAAAGAGUGUAGGUUUUAGGGUGGAUUUGUGCAUCUUUGACAUUGAAUGAUGAGUUCUGCAGAAGUCUCUACUUAAACCGUCCCUCGGUGGUUCUCUGUAGACCCCCAGUCUCCAGUCCACAGAAAGCCUUGUCUCGUUUCUUCCAGAUCUCUGAUGUCAUCUGUCACUGAGAACAUGUAUGUGAUCUUCUGCAGCUGGAAGAAAAGCCCAUGUGCGUUUUGCAUCACCCCCAGUUAUUUUUGGGUCGGUGAGAAGCAGUUUACAGGACCAUUCACGAUCUGAGAUCACACUUCAGUCUGGUUCAGGCUGGAUUUUUUUUCUACCUUUGUUCUGCAAUGUCCUCAAAAACAUGUCUGUUAAACUUUUAUGUCAUUCAGGGUUUAAUGUUUUAACCUGAUGUCAAAACUUUUUGGUUUGGUUACCUGCCUGUGCUUGUUGUGGUUUAUUUGAAACAUAAUAAAUGACAUUUAUAGUGAUGGGAUUCUACAGUUUUUAUAUGGUUUCUCAUUUGUUCACAAUCUGUCAUUUAGAGCAGCAUUUUUUAUGACAUUCCUGAGGUUACUAAUGAGCUUCACACUUUUCAAACCAAAGCAACAGAGUUUCUCAAUUUUAAAUUUGAGCAACCCCUGGAAUUUAUGUGCUUUUACAGCUUUAUGAAAAUCAACAAAUUGAUCAUUUUGGAGAGUUAAGGAGAAAAACUUGUCACACUGGCUGCCCUUUUUGCAAAGUCUGUGCUGAAGAAUUUUGUUCGUUUCCCUGUUUCCCAACUUCAGCAUGAACACAUAGCAAAACAAGCAAACCUGAAAGCUGGCCCCGGUGACUUCUCUCCUUUUAUUGGCAGCUGAUACAUAAACAAGUGCUUGUCCUGGCUGAAAAAAGCAACUGCUGAGGCGUUGCUGAACCUCCAGACCUUUGUGACCAGUGGCGUGUCAUCCCUCACUUUGUCAUGUUUAACUAAAACCAAUCCCCAUUUAAAGCAGCAUCCAUCAGUGUUAGUUGAGAACAAUGACAGAUUGCCUUUCUGCAGUACUCAAAGCAUCUGGAUCCUUUCUCUACUCCCCCUCUUUUAUUUAUGGUAAACAGCCUGAAUAACAGCUGGGCAAUGGGAAUUUACAAGUUAAUCAAUUGUUUGUUAGAAGCCACAGCGAUACUCUAUACCCAACCAUCUGCAAGUUAAUGUUAAUUUACCAUGCUAAUUUUCCCAUAGGCAACAGCUUAUCUAUUGAUUUCUUCAAGAGAGAUUUUCCCAUACUUAACAUUAUGAUAUACUUAAUUUGGCAAGUGACACCUACAUUAAAUAUGUGGGUGUGUUUUAGUAUGUCCGUGGAAAAUGAAGUGUGGAAAAUGUGAACUCAUUUAUGGAAUCAGUUUAAAAAGAAAAAAAACUAAAAAAAAAACUCUGUACCAAAACAAAAUGUAGUGCCAAAGCAAGCAAAAAACAGAAACUCUCAGAGCAGUAACACAGUGGGAUGUCCUGGAAGUCAUAUCUGGUUUCACUCACUGAUGAUGCAUCUAGGUGAUCGCUGUUUAUCCUGCACACUCUGCUUCCUGUUUAAGUGGAGUUGCCUUUGUCUCUCCUUCCAGGUGUUUGUGCCUUUCGGCAGGGUCUUGGUCUUUUGUUCCCUCCUGCUCCCCCUCCGCACUGCAAGACGAUGAGCCUCAGACACAGGUCAGUCACAAGUUUCCCUCUGCUAGCAGUCAGCAGUAUAUUGGCUUCUCCACAAUGAUGGCACGUUCACAAACGCUAUCAACAGAGACAAAUGUCGAAAGACAGUUUUUUGUGUCUAAUUUAAGAGAAAAUCCUUUUUGGAGGCGCGCUAAAAUUGUUCUCACAUUGUCAAGUAUAAACAAAAGAACACACAUACAAAUGCAAAAAUGUGAACAACAUGGAUAUCUACUUCCCUUUGCUCAUGACCCAUUUACCUCAAGAAAUAAGCAGAAUUUGUUUAAUAGGAAGGUAAAAAUUAGAAAAUAGAAAGCAGCACAAUAAAAUACUUCGAAACUAAUAAAUUCACUAUGUAGCGGCAAAAUAUUUGCGAUCAUGUAAAAAUUGAAAAAAUAUUUUCUUAUUAAUUCUUCUUUAUUUGGCCGUGCUAUCAGUCCUGAACUAGAGUUAGGAUAGGGCACCAUUUACAACAGUUCUGUGAGCACUGUUAUUCACCUUUUCCUGUUUCCCGACUGCAGCACAGAAACCACACGCUACUUUAUUUAUAAUCCAACCAACCUCAGAGUGUAACUCUUGCCCCGUACUCUUGCUCGCAUCACACAGUGAGGUCACUUCCCUCUGCACCUCCACCACAGCUCUUGCAUUCCAACAUGGCUCUAGGACAGCAGCCCUGCAAAGCUCUGUACUCCUCAAAUCACAAAGAGGCCCAGAUCAGAGCCGAGCUGGACGCCAGCCAGGAUCUGGGCCCUCACAGCCCAGGCAGCUGGGGGCAGCCUAUAAUAAGUGGGAGACAAUGAGAACUAGCACACCUCCCACGCUUUGCAUGUGGAUGUUGAUCCAGAAUUGAAAUUUAAUGGUUUCAUAGGUUUUCAGUAGACCACACUAAUUAUGAAAAGAUAGGAAAACUAAUGGUGGGUUUGGAGAGUACUCAAGUAUACAUUAAGGGAGGAUACUUUUUUAACAUAACAGUCUUUAAAUUAAAGGAACAAGUUGUUCGCAAUGAAAAAAAAAGAGAUUUUUAAAAGUGCAUUUUUUUCCCCUAAAAUGCCCAAAUACAUACUUGGCUUCUGACACAGCUAAAACUUUAGAGAUGACUAUUUAUUCCGUCAUCUUUGGGCUAAUGAAUGUUUCAGGCUUACUUUAUUUUGUAGAUUUCAAAAUCUGUUCACAGUUUCCUGCAAAAACCUUCCCAGCUGAACCAUUUUUCACCCGUCAUCAAAAACAUGUAUGUACAUAUAUUUCUUCACGUGGGAAAGUCGACAUAUUAAAGGCCUUCUGUUUUAAUGAAUAAUAAUGAACAGUUCACAGUGAUGUAGAAGGCGGUGGUGCUUUAGUGGUCCCUCAUAGCCUCUUAAGCCUCUGGUGAUAAAUCUCACACAGGCUCACUCGUAUAACUAAAACCCAAACCUCAUUCAACUUCACAUCCAUCAGUAUUUGGCUGAAAGCGAUGACAAAGCACUUUCAAUUACACCAGUAACUGACUCUGGAAACAGUUCAUAGCAGGGUCCAGCUUUGAAGACCAGGGGAAAAACACAAGUGGGGGAGGGCAGGAUGGCUGGUAGGGCAUCUGUUUGACUCGCUCCCAAAUAAUAAAAAGGGUGGUGUGACUCAGUGACACAAGGGAUGCCGCCAGCAACGCGAAACCAAGGACAAUUCACCUAUUUUGUGUGCUGUCACCCCUGGAGUCUGAUUUAUGGUCGGGACAUCCUUCCUACGACCUGUUCGUCCAUCAGCCCAGCACUAUAAGGAUACUCCUGUGAUUAGAGGCUGAAGUAUCAAAGCGUCCUUAGGCAGAGCCCUUGUCUAGCACCAGAGGGCCCUGCCAGGCUGAAUGGGAGUGUGGCGGCGGGGAGGAAGAGCGUCGCAGCAGUAGAAGAGUGCUGUUCUUAACCCUGAGCACCAGAGGAGAGAAGAGCUUUUUGAGAAUCCAUCAACUGUAAAUGCUUCGUUCUAUAAUGUUGCUGUUUUCUUUUCCAUUUUUCAUCCCAAUUUGUAAUUAUAUUACGUGGAGUGUGCGCUCUCUAAAAGUUAACACGGCGGUGUUUAAUUGGAGUGAUUUUACUCAUAAUUGCAUGAUCCUCUUUACCACUUUUGGCUUCCACUUUGUUUGAAUAAGCAGGCUAAUUUCAGCAUCCGUACUCAAAAUUAAUCAGUAUAGCAUACUUAAUACUGAAGUUCAAUAAUAAAAAAAAAUGGAGGAAAUGUAAAUCUGUUUUGGUGAGAGUCUUAACCGUCAACAAAAAACAGCAAAACAUCAAAUGCAGCCGUAGAUAAGUGAUGAUCAUUUUUCUCUCUUUUAAAAAGCCUUUAUUACAUAAAUAAAAACAGAGCCUGAUCCUCCAGAGUGCCUGAUCUUUUAAAGCAGCUCUGACUCCAACCCCCCUGAUGAAAGGCCCACACUAACAUCAGGAGUCCAGAGCCUUUACUCUCUAACUUCAGGCAAUUAUGACACAGAGGAGAUCUUUGCCUUCUGCACUCAAAAAGAAGAAGAAAAAAGGCAUGCCUUCUUUCCAAGCUUAGUUGUAAAAAUAAGCUUGCUCUCCUCAAUUGCAGUCACCCCGUGCCCUUUGCAAUAGCAGCAAGGAUGUAUCGGAACAAGCCAUGGGGCAAAACAAAUCACUUGUGAUUUACAGAAUUAUAAAGAUUUUAAUAGCUGCAAUGUUUCUCUCUCAGAUUGGUCUUUAUUUCCAGGAGUCAAAGUUUCCUGGCUGCCCCAGGCUUUUUAAAAGCAGUAAUUGGCCAACAGAGAGACGCAGGAUCUCCCUGAGUGAUUGAGUGUAUUUGUUGCUAUGAACUUGAGGGUAUCACUCGAAAGAUCACAAGUCCAGGUUGUGAGAGCCUGCAACUUAUCAAGCACAAUUCAGUUUGCAGCCGAGGCAGUCAGACUACUUUUCCAUACAGUUUUGUUUAAAGUUUUAACCUUUUAGUGGAGCUCAAUGUUUUUUAUUUAUUUUUUCUAUUUUGCUGGUUAGUUAUGUUUCCAAAUAAUUCAGCACAAACUGAGGGGCUGUGGUUUGUGAACUGAAGACAACCUGGAAUUAAUGCAGAAUAAUCACUGGGAUGAAGGGCAUGACUGUUAUCUUGGCAUCGAAGAGAACAAUGCUGUUUUGAGAUCUUAAAUUGAUUUUUUUUUAAAUGCAAGAAUAAAUAUUUUUUUUCACUUUGUUUUCAACUGGCAAUGACUCAGCAAACCUCUUUUUAAUAUGAAUACAUCCUUUUGUAUGUCAGGGCUGUAAAAGCAACAGUACCGCAGAUGCUUUUCAGGACUCUGUGUGUGGGGGCUUAGUGUUAAUGCUACAGCUGCACGAAAUAUUUUCAAAUAACUACCAUUCAGAAGUAAGAGGUCGUUAACAUUCUUCACCAAGUUUUCUUUGUAUUAAACUUUUAUAAUAAAUUUUUAAAGUCAGGUAUAACACUGUACAAAAAUGUUAAUAUUACAAGCUUCUUCUCUUGACAGAAACUAUGAGCCGUGUGCUAAAAAUUCAUGACAUAUAUCCACAUGUACAUUUACAUUUUUUCUUAUAUUUUAACCAACAAAUGUGGCGUACAACAUGUCUGUUUCUGAGCUCUAAAUUUGACUUCUUAUGCUCUCUUGCUGUAAAAAAACGCACUUCUUACCUGUUGGAAAAAAAUACACUUGGCAAUAGCUAAGCUAUAUUAAGAAAAUCCACCAGGGAGGCAUAAUCGAGUUUGACUCUCUACUGGUGGUCUCCUUGUUAGUGUUGUGAGUGUCAGAACUGACAGUGCAGGUAGCUCAAAUGCCACUUAAGGUUUUAGCUUCAGUGGCUUUUGGAAAGAAAUGACCGUGACCUGUGCAGCUCGAGCCCACAUCCCACACCCUUUCUGCCUGACAGCUGCUCAAUGGCAAGUGUCUGCCAGCAUGCCGAGGGGAACGCUGCCAAGCAGCCGGAGAUGGAGAUGAUUACCACAUCCCUGUCUCCCUCUCAGCCUGCUCGCUGAAAACUGAUACCUACUAACAAACUGCUGUCAACAUGUUAGCGAGGCACAGAGAGUGAGAGCACUAGGAAGUGCUGAGAGAGAAAAGGGAGAAAAAGAGAUGUGUGGGUGAGUCAACGUGAGGAGUCCAAACAAGUUGGGAUUAAUGACAUUGAAACAGGUUUUUUUUUCCCCGUUGUUUUCAGAGCUAACAGUCGUGUGGCACACUUGAAAUAUGCAAUCAACGCUGUGAGAAAAAGUCUGGUGACACCUAAGUAGAGUGAUGAUGAAAUGAUGGAUUUCAGACAGCGCAGUUGCAAGGUCACUAGUUUUCAGGCUACUGUAGCUUAUCAUGCAAAGUUAUGUAUAUCAAUGUUCAGGCAUAAAUACAGCUCCUUUUAAAAAAAAAAACUCUGCUCAAGUUUUACUUUUUAUACUUUAACAAUUAUAAUUUGUGCAAAUUGAAUGACACGCGUCAUGAGUUUUUUCUUUCUAAGUUCUUACAUGUUGAGGAAAAAUGCAAAUUACUGCGGACCUUUACUCCAGUCACUUAAAACUCAGACUUUCCUGCUGGGUAAAAAACAAAUACAGCCCUUCCAGAGAAGUGUUAUAAAUGUCAUUGUUUCUGAAUAAACCCCCCCUACUGUGUCACUUUUUAGUGAAAUAAAAGAAAAAUCACAGCUGACAUACAUUUCUUUAAUUGUUGCAGAGGGGGACAGGAAGCAGCAUGCAGUAGCUUGAAUUAUGGGUAAUUAGAAUAUCGCUGUGUUUAAUUACAAAAGAUUUUGAUUGUCUGAUUUUCAGCAGAAGGCCUUUUUUAACUACUUUUCUUAAUACGCAUUUGUUUUUGAAGAUUGGAAAUGACAAUUAUGAUAAUGUGCAUCCCAGCAUGAAAUACUUUUCCAAGAGCAGAAAACAGGACGGAUGUACUGCAUGUGCAAGUUUUUUUUUUUUUUUAGGGAAACACUGAUUAAAGAAAAUGUAACUAUCUCUUUCUUAUUUUUACAUUAUUUGAAAAUGAAGCUUUCUGAAAAUUAUUUGCUUCAGGUUUAUGAUACAGCUGUGUGAGAAUAUGCAUCGUAAAAGAUGUCACAAUUCCGUUUUUGUGAAGCAAUGUGAGCUGAAAAUAGUCAGGUUACUAUUCCAUAUUUCAAGUAAAGAAUAUCAUAACAUGCAGUCUGCUGAAUUGAAAAAUUGUCAUGGUAUAUAAGAGAACAAAGUUUUUUUUUUUGUGAAUCAUGUCCACUGAGGAAUUACGUCGUUUUUGGGGCUAAAGUUGAUAAAUGCCACCAAAAAAUAAAUAAAAAAAUCAGGGGCAAAAUAAAACCACCUGCAGUAAUUCACUCUGGAACUUUGUUGAGGAAAAGAGAAGUAUUUCUCUAAAAAUCAAUUUUUGAGAAGAGACAAUGGAAACAAACCUAAGUGCUAGUUUGAACCAACCCCACAAGGCUUCCAGGGAAACCACCGAGCCUAAGAAGCACUUUAUUAGCCAGCAGGAGGGAGGGGUCAGGAGGACCAGCCCUAUCAUUGAUUGAGGUUGGAGGAUGCAUCCACAGCUGCACUUUCUCUAAAUUUCUAAGAGUAAAUAUGCACCUUUGAAGUGGGGGGUGCCUAGGAGCACUCCUCUGCACAGAUUGUGUGGGUUUCUGUGGGGAGCUGUAGUUACGGGAAAGAUCAAUGGACAGGGCAUUAGGGGGAAGAGUACACUACACUGUCCAGCCCUCCAGCCUACAGAACAGCUCAGCAGCUCCUACAUGGCCAGUAUUAUUGAGCUCCAGGCAGUUUAAUUCUCCAUGCUGUUUUCUCAGACUGAUAAAUUUCAACCUUUUCCGGCUGCAAAAUAUGUCAGAGGAUAAAACGAUGAAAUAUACUCUGAACUUUAUAUACAGUACAAGUAGAGUUUGCUUCACAUUAGUCCUCUGGUACUUUUUUUUCUUAAAACAUUUGCUUUUCUAGUUUUGAUUCUUAGAAAAUAUCUACAGAAAUACACUUGAAAUGGUGUCUGUCUGUCUGAGCACUUUGUAGCUGGACUCAAACAGAGUCAUCGUUGUGAGCUGCAUUGUUCCUGUUUAAGGUAGAAGUGGUUAUUUUAGGGGUUAUUUCUGCUUAGAUUUUUUAUAUGAUUUUAAUAAUUUUUUUUCUAGUUUGAACAUAAGCAGCUUGCAAAAUUUUAACCUUUGUAAAAUAAAAAUCAAAUAAUAUUUUUGACUGGAAUCCACCUGCGUAAUAACUAACUGGAAAACUUCUCUGUCUACCUCUUAAAGGCACGGAAAAACCCAUAUCCUGCUCCAGUGUGGGGUUGGAUAUAUGUGCUUGUGGCAGGCUGUGAGUGCAUUAUACUGGUGCUAAACAUACUGCCUCCAUAAUGUGGUUUGUAAAGACUAUGGGAAAGGCUUUUGGGGUAGCCACCCGUCCAUAUGAGUCAGAGCUGCUGGCAGAAGAUAGACAGUUUGUGAGUUAGGAUAUUUAAGCCUCAACCCUUUUAUUACGUCUUAAGAGAGAUGUCUCAAAUUUAGUGUGUUUUUAAUUACAAAAGGAAGUCAAAACAGCAGCAGAGUACAGGAAAUAAUGAAAUUAGAGACUGAAUUCACGUUAUUGGCAGUUAGUACGAAGAGUCUUAAUUGAAUUAGUACAUUACUGUAAAUGCUGGGGCUGAGAGGACAGCGUGUAUUAUCUCAGCGGAGUGUCAGGGUGUCGUGCCUCCGCGCUCCCAGGUGUCGCUCGGGUUUGGCUCCACCGGCCUCGGAGAUACAGCCAGAGAGGGUUAGCGUUUACAACCCCUGUCACACUCUACAAAACACUGUGUCACUCAAGCACAGCCUGUGUGGCAGCUCUGGCAUUAAUGGAGACGUUGACAUCUUCCGACAGAGUGUUUAUCUAAUACUAAUGCUAAGCAACCAGAGCCAGUCGUCGCCCCCACACGGAGCCAUCCAACCUCGCCGCAGACCUCGCUGUCUGGAAAUCACACCAGUUUUCCCAUUCAUCCCUCAAGACUUAUAGAAUUCAUAACAAUGGCUUUGCUGCUGCUCCAUGUCAUGUCUGCUUUUUAUCAUUCAGCCAGAUAUUUCUGAACCGCCAUCCAACAGACAGCCUCACCGCUUCACAGGUGUUUUAAGACAAAGUUGAGUAAAUGUAUGACAAAUUGCAGGAAGCAUCACCUGUGUAUGCUGGCGUGAAUCACCAGCUCAGGACCUCCAACAAAAGUUGUUUACAUUUUUCCGCGGCAGUGUUUUUCACUGACAUUUUUUUCCCACUGCAUUCCCUCACACCAACACACAGCCUGUCCUUUCGAGAGAGAGGUUCAAGCUUGUGUUGAGGGGAGAGAUGUAAAAAUCACCAUCCAGUACAAAGACAUCCGUAAAGACUACACUUCUUUGAUUUUAUUCUUACACAGCAAGUACGCAAAUAUUUUCUUACCGUGUUACAUAUUUGCAAAUUGUCAAGAAAUCUCGAGACACAAAAUGGCAAAGAGUAGAUGUUUGUGGUGAAACACAAUGUGCAGUAUAAAAUGCGCAAAAGGCCAUAAAAAUUCCUAUAUAUCCUAUAUGUAUCAGAGACUUAUGAUGGGUUCAUGAGUGUAUGGAGCUAUCUUUAGAGGAUUGAUUUCCCAUACUGCCACGCAGUUGGCUGCAUUUAUAUUCCAUGCCUGUGGCUCUGUGACCCCUGGUUCUCCUUUGAUGUGGCAGGCAGAAGCACAAACCAGGAUGAGGCAGAGAGAGAGAAAGCAGAGGGAAAGCAAAAGGUGAAACAGUCUACAAUGGGAGGAGGGGGUUAGAGAUUUUUCUUGUGGUUGCAGGUUUCUUGGAGGGAUGAGAGGACGGGUUGAGGGAGUGUUAAAAAAGACCAGUAUGAGUUUGCAGCGCGCAGCAAUGAAGCCAUCAUCUGACAGAUCUGUGAGAGUUUGCACUGAGGGCGGGUUGGUGGUGGGUGGGCAGAAAGGAAACUAGGCUGAAGGAAAGGGAUCGGGUGAUGGUGGGGGGUUGGGAGAGGGCACGACGGUGGCGCGAGCUGAUAGAGACGUCAGCGCCGCUUCAGUAAUCUCACGACGGCUGGCCGCGGCAGGGGCCAUGAAGGGGCCCACGAGAGCAGAGGCAUGAUAGAAGAGACCACCCCGACAACACUAGCAGGGGGCCGGGCAGUAUGGACAAAUCAAAGCGGGAAGAAGUAAUUUUUGAGAAAUUACAGAAAUCUCCAUGGAAAUUAGCAUGAAACACUUUCUAAUCUCUUGCUUUUCACCGUGGACGAUAGGGGUCAGUGCUUCAAGUUCUCCAGCCCUUGCUUUCUCUUUCUCUCUCGCCCCAUCCCUAAUUUCAUUAUUCCCUCUUGAUUUUUUUCUCCCUCCUGCUUUUUUAUGUACACUCAUUUUACAGCCUGACACUCCAAAAUACCCGCCUCCCCCCCCAGCUCAUAUUCUUCAACCAUUCAUUUGCUUGAACCCUUUUUCAUUGACCACAAUUAAACGUUUAGAUUUCAAAGGCAAAUCAAGGGAGAGCCAAGCCGUGCCCUCAGAGUGACACAGGAUCAAGCUGUUGGGUGCUUUGGAGCCUCACAUGGGGUGAAUCCCUCAAGAUUUGUCCUCUGCACCCUUCCUUUCGUGCUUGUGGUGUCUGUCAAAGCUCAGGACGCUGUUCAAAUGAAUGGGAGGAGUGCAGCACCCCUGCUUGUGACCAUACGGUUAUUGGUGAUCAACUGCAUUUACGGCAAUACAAUGACAGACUGAGCCUGAGCUCUUAUCAUUACAAUUGCUGUCGAUUCCAACAAUACGGGAUAAAAACCGACCACAGAAGAUGCUUGUGAACAGCGUCACAGAUAUGGAAACCAGAUUUGAAUAUUAUUCUGAGUUUGCGUGAGUCUUUUCACUCUCAAGUUUUUAAAUGAUUUACAUAAAGUCGCCGACACACACACGAUUGAGCAUGAGGAGGUUUCCAGCUGUCCCUAUGCUGCCAGCCCUUUAAGAUAGAAAAUAACCAAGACCCAUAUUCUUUUGAAGCAUAGAAGAAACAUAUUUCUAUUUAGUUCAUGAAAAACAUGCAGCACAGUAAAUUUGGAGAUCAAAUUUGAGUAAAAAUAAAAUUAUUGUAAUUACUUUUCAUCAUUUUAUCAAGAAGAAAACGUGUCGAUACGUGUUUAUCUAUCAAAUAUAAUACAGCUGAAAAAGAGUAAGUUGUAAAAAAAAUUUUAUUCUGUGUCCAAGGCAACGGAAGUGUUGUCCUCUUUCAUGGCCGUGGUCAUAUCAUCAAACAUUGUAUUUAACAGAGCCGCUCCUGCCUCACUGAAGCACUUACACAGAGAGAGAGAGAGAGACAGAGAGAGAGAGACUUUGUUAUUGUGCUACAUGUAAAUUGUUCCUCCUCAUGUGUUUCAAGGCCGGACAGAAUAUUAAACUUUUUUAAGGUAAAAUUAAAAGAGGUACAUUACAAUUCCAGUGUGAAAGAACACAGCUUGAAUAACACAGCAUACUCUCAAACCAAAUAAAGGAUGCAAGUGUGAGAUUUGUCUCACAAAUUCAGGAUGAAUGAGAUAUUUUGUUUUUUGAUUAAUUAUUAGAUGAAUUGUACAUUUAAAAAAAAAUCCUUCACUUCACACCACCACACCAUUGGGAGAAAAAAGGGAAUGAGCUGCCAGAAAAUUCAAUCGAGGCAUUUCCAAAAGAAAGCAGGGUCUCUUGAAGCCUCAGUGCAACAAGAGCCAAUGAAAAAAAUAUAUAAAUUGGGUCAUCUUUGGGCUCUGGUGUACUACAGUUUAUAAAAACAACCAUAUUUAGUUUGUGAAGUAACAAUGCAUCUAAAGUUAACAAAACAUUUUAUUACAUUUUCUGAAGUUUUCAUGCAUUUUCUCACUGAGUUUUUGAGACCUUGUCAUAAAGAGAAAAUACAUUUGUUUCCGUCGUCAUUCUGGCACAUCCCCUGAACUUACGAUGUCAAAUCACUUCUACACGUGUCUGCCUUAUUAAAAAAAAAAGAUGCUCACAAAUUCACUAAUAGGUACAGUAGACAAGAUAGAAAUAAUGGGCAUUAAGGGUGGGAGUGAAAUAGUGGCAUUUGAUAAGCAUUACAUUGUAUGCUGAUUCAUUGGAAAUAGCUAUAGAGUGGUGCUAGUGGGGACUUAAUUAGAGUACUUGCAGACUUGGCACUUUGCAGUGACAAGCUGUAGAAAUGGGUGUAAGAUAUAGAAACCUUUGUAACCUCUAGUUAAACCUUCUCUUCCGUUCUAACAGUUUGCCCUCUAAUUAAGCUCCAGAGUUGGGUUGUCUUGUUUCUUUUUUUUUUUUUCAAACCCUCCACAUACAGCUUUGCUAAUUGCAACCAUAGAAAAUGACAACGUUGUCCAAAAUCGGCAUGUAUGGUUUUCUCAAACAUGUCAACAAGAAUUCCAGAAAUGACCGUCUGUGAAUGCACAUUUGCUGAAUGCACACGAAAGCUUACAGUUAAAUUAAAAUUAUUAUAAAAAUAAUUUAUUAUUUUUAUUUUAUUUCUUUAAGUAAGAAUUUAUGUUUUUUUAUGAAGGUGAUUUGAAGAGUGGGGAUUAGAUUCUAUCAAUGCAGAAUAAGAUGAUAAAACAGCUCCUUAAAUCCUGUCCACCAUAUUGAAUUUCUACAUGUUCAAGCCUUGAAUGUAAAUAAAAGAUAAUUUUUCUGAUGCUGCAUGUCAUGUACUCUGAGGAAAUAUAACAAGGGUACAGGGAUAUAAAGCUUAGGACCUCAUUUAACCUGGAUGGUACAAACAUUUGGCAGGGUCUGAGUGUACCUGCUCCUAGCUGCGGUUCUGCCAGUAAUAGAUAGAUGGCACUGUAUCCAAGGUAGAGCAAAGGGCCACAGACUUCUCUCUCCAUCUCUCAGGGUCUUACUCUCAUUAUCCAUCUGAAAAUUAACCUGUCAAUUUAUCAAUCAACACCAUCUUGAGUUUUCUGCCUCCUGUUUAGCGACUAGCAUUGCAACGCCAACGCACAGAUAACCAGGAGGUAUGUGUUUGUUAGUGUAGUGAAUGAGUGCAUUAUCACUUAAAUGACUACUAUGAAUCACAAUUGCUGCCAGGAGGUUGAUAAGAGGAAAAUACACAGGCAAUUUGAUUUUUAAAGUAUAUAUCUGUUUAUGUAUUCUUUUAUGUGGGGAGAAAAAAAGGUCAAGGCUGGGCUCACUGUGUUUUGGCUUUGUAGCACACAAAAGUCCCAUACAGUGUAAAGCCGGGCGGUUUUCUAAAGACUGAAUUCUUCAUCCCCACCUCACUGAAAAGUAGGAAUUUUGGUGUAAAUCACUAUUGUGCUGAUAACACAAAAUACCAUUUCUGCACAAAAUCUAGUUUAUUAUGUCAGGAAAGACUUGAAGCAAUAAAAAAAUGAAAGCAGAAAAAAGGUGCACACAAAAAAUCCUUUUUAAAAAUAACUACAACACCAACAAUAUUAUCAUUGUUAUUAUUAAUAGUAAUAAUAUUAUUAUUGUAAUGCUCCACAACUUUUUUAAUUUGAUUAAUUUAUGAACAGGAAAAAAAGGCGCAUUAUUGUUGUUGUAAUUAGAGCCUCUGUGAUCUUUAAGUUACCACUUAUUAAAUUUACAACUAUGAGAUUUUUAUUUACACUCAGAUUUUUAAAGGUAUUUGUUUAACUUAAAGGCAUAGUGCAGAAUUCUUAUUGUAAAUACCAAUAUUAUGGUUGAAAUUUGUUUCAAAGUCAUUGCACACACUAUCUGAUUCGUUUCUAUCAAUUCUGGAGUUAAUUUUACAUCUGCUCUCAAAAAUAUCUUAAAGACAAGCGGAUUGAAAUAUGUGUUUGCACGCUCAGCAUGCUACAGAGUUCUAAUAAGCUCUGGGACAUGUCUUUAUCUCUAAAUGGGUUCUAAUGUGAUAAGCUAAACUAGACCCUCAAAAAUCCCUACCAAGUGCAGCCACGGGUGGGGGACCUCAAUCGCUUCAGUUCAGUCUCCUCUUUUCUGGUAUUUUCUUCUUCUCUGUGCAGGUUAUUAGCAGCUACAUGACUGGAUUGCCCGAAAAUGGAAGGGCGCAAACAAAACCAGAUAGGGGUUGUGAAUAGCAGGAGGGACUUCUCUUUUUCCAAUUGUUGUUAAUUGCAAACGGCCUUAUUGUGUUCAGGGGUUGGAAAGGUGGGGGCGCUAGUGAGGAGAAAUGGCGGAGAGUAUUUUAGAGCGCUGACAAAAAAGACGAAAGUAAAAAGAACACAACAUCUGGUAAUUUGUUUCAGCAAGCUUAGCCUAAUGAUGUAAGCAGAUUACUUUCCAACUGAGUAAGAAAGGGCCAUUGGGGGCUCUUUUGUCUUUCUUUUUUUCUUUCUUCGUGCCCCUUUAUAGGUCUUUCUCCCCAUUAAGAUCGAGACAGAAGCCACUGGCAUAUACACAGCAAGUUCAUACUGGUGUCUCUCUCUCGGUGCUCCUCCACACUAUGCGAUAAUUCACAGACUCAAGAGGUGGAUUUUGAUCAAAUCAGAAAAUUUCUGGGGAAACAGCAGGGUCUUAUUUUGCUGGCUAUUUUACAGCCUUUAAAAGGGGAACCACCCCGACAAUCUGUGGCAGAAUGUAAGCCCCUCAAUGCUGUGGGUGUGGGUGCCCCUGGCCCGAUUUGCCCCCUCUCCUCUGAGAGCAGAGAUCAGUGGUAUGCCCAGAUUGAAAGGGAGGGCAGGGACCCGGUGUGAUGAAGGACACUGGCUCCCUGUCAAUGUGUGGAGGAGACUGGAGGAUGAAACACACCAUUAAGACCAAUUUAGAGUGCUGCUCUAAUUUUCAGCAGGACUGAUCGAUCCUGACAGGAGGGCAUCGUACCGCCUGCCAGAUCACUUAAACCACUGCCCCUUGUCUCACGUUGCUUAAUGUCAUGUCAUUGGCUAUCAUUCCCCGUCGAACAGUGAGCUGCCGGGUUUUAUUUCAAUUACUACUUGUAGGAUUACCUUUUAUUUCUUACACAUCAGUAAUCAAUGAGGAUUUUGAUAAUAAUGUCAUAAUGCGAUCACAGUGCUGCAUUCUGUCCUUUUUUCCCUCUUUUCUUAAUCCAAAGUGAAAUCCUCUGAGACCAGCUGUCCUGUUGGUUUAUUGAUUUUUUUCCCUUUGCUCUGUGAACAUCGGACAGAAACUUCACAACCAAGGUACAGAAAAGAGACUAUACCGUACUCAGGGGCUUAUCCAGCAGACAGGUAGUUUACAUGAAAAUAACAACAACAUAUUACGAUACAAAUUAUUUAUAAAACUCUUUUUUUGUACAUGAAUGCUGCUCAGAGUGAGUCGCAGAAUUAAACCAGACACAUAUCCUCAAACCUGACAAAAUAAGAAAACUAGGAAAGCUCAAGCAUUUUCAGCCAGUAAAAAAAAAACUGCAUCAAUGAUAGAACAUAAAAGAGAUUAGACAACCUUGAUAAAAACAACAACAAAAAAGAGAUGCAAAAAUCUCCUCAGUAAUAACAGUCAAAGUGAUAUACCGAAUGUUAUGAAGAUUAAUGAAAAAAAUCUGUCUGGUUGUGUAAAAAUCCAGAUGAUGUUUGUUGUUGUUGUAGGUCCUACGGUAACACACACUCUGCGUUAUUAUUUCAGCUCUUCUUUCUGCCUGCACUGACAUUUUAUAUGCCAUCUAUUUAUUAGUUGGGAUGUUCAUUGCGGCAGCUCAGGUUAAGUAUCUUGCUCAGUGUGUGACUGCAGAUAUUGAACCUGCAGCCCUCUUGUACCAAGUUCAGUUCCCUAACCACAACCAGUUUGCCCCUUUGAAGGAUGAGGUCUCUGGCAGAGUGCUGCUAUGUAUACCACACAGACAGUGAUCUAUUCUGUGUCUCAUAUCAUGUUGCUCCAUGUCACUGACUGAUGUUACCUGCAUCCCCCCACGAUGAUUAGAUCCAUGACUGCGCCUACAGUUCCCUUAUAAAAUCACUUCCUUUCUUUUAACCCUCAAGACGCCAAGUCCUCCAUCUGAGGGAGAGGGGCGAGCCAGGAACGGGUGAGGGAGGAAGAAUGAGUGAAGUUAUUUUAGAGGAUGAUAUUGCUUCAUUGUGUGCUGUCAGUCCAUGCUUGACAAAUGUCUCUCAUCUGAGUUGGUGACAUGCUGCACUGUAUAAACGUGUUACUAGCCGGAGUAUAAGUUAUGUAAGUCAGAAUGCUUUGAGACAUCUACUAAGCACAUUCAUAUGUAAUGGAACAUAAUGUAAUAAAAAUAAUGGAGGCAACAUGGAAGAUUUAUCCCCCAUUGUAAGCGUCCGUGCUCGGCUUUAUUGCAACCUUCCUGACAACACGAGGAAUCUGAAAAUAAAGGGGUGUCCUUAGCUGCUGCAAAGAUUUUUGUCCAUCCCUGUAAUACUUAUACUUCAAUAUCCUUUCUUUCCUCAUCAUGAGGAGCAUCUGCAACAAAAAAGAAGGAAAAGUCUGCAUGCAAAAGCACCAUUUUUCUCUGGGACUGUAGUAGAAAACGGAUAUUUAGAUAAUCAAGAAAUGGUGUUUUAUUUGUCACAAAAUGUAGGAUAAUUCAAAGAAAUAUUUUAUUUUAUUUUUUUGUACAAAUAAUAAAUAUACUGAUAUCCACAAAAAUCAAAGACACACAAAUAUAUGUAUGUGUAUAGACAAAUAGAUGUGUUUUUGUUAUGUGCGUAUACCAGUUGAGCCUAACCCCCCCCCAAUCAUUAUUAUUUUUAUUACAUUUUCAGUGAUAAAGUGCUGUUUUUACUGAGAUGUCAUAAUGUAAGGCUGCAGGACUUUCAAUCCAGCGCAGCUUUUAAUAAAAGGAAGUGAACUACUACUAGCCCGUUGUACAUUUAAUGAUCUGCCCGGUGAGUAUCUUCAGGGGCUGUCUGUGCCACCAGCUGAGGCGUUAAUACAAAUAUAGCAGAUAAUUUGAACUAACCUGUUUUUAAGUGGCUUUCCGGAAAAGUGUGACUGGCAGCUGGGGAAACAUAGCACAAGUAAUUAGGCAUUUGGUGUUAGUGAACCAUCUCGAGAAUUCAUGUUUUAGUAUUUUGAUGGCGGAUUUUUUUAUAUGUACAUAACGAAGUGUAUUUAUUUAUUUAUUUACAGAUGUAAUAAAAUGAAAGAAACAAGUAAUUCUUCCAAAAGAACAUCCCCUCAAAUAAUCUCAUUAGCUUUAGCUGUUUUCUUUCAAAAAAAAAAAGAAAUAGCAGGGCAAUUGAUAAAGUCUUAGCUCCACCUUCGCCGCCUCUCCAUUUUGUAAUCACAGGCAGUUUGGCAGCACAACGUAAUUAGUUUGCACGCCAGAUUUCCCAUGAGUCCCAACCUAGCUCAAAGCCAAUACCCUCCUCAUCAGCAGCCCAGAGACUAAACACCUAGUUUAUCUGUUUCCCUCAAGGCUGUCCAUCCACAGGGGGAGUCGGGGUGCCCUCAAAAACAUUGCCAAUGAGGGCUCCAAUGCCUCGGGCAGAUAUGGGUGAAACUUCAGAUGGCAGAUGGCACAGCAACCAUAUCUUUAAGAUAGAACUGCCAAACAAAAGUGGAACAUCAUAUCCCGGAGCCUUCGUCCCAGGGCUCAGAUUAAAGCAUGAAAUAUAUGUUUAGGAGAGCCACAAAUGUCUUCAUUUCAAAACCUGUAAGUGAUCAAAGUGUCUGAUGUGUGGAGGCAUGCUGCAGGGGAUUUUCAUGUUUUCACCAGUUGACAAUAACAGAGGAAAUGUUUCACAGCUUGUUCAAAUGUCAUCAUUGAUAAACAGGACUGCGGAAGUUGAGUGUCAUUUGUAACAGCAGCUGUCCGCUGUUGAAUUUAGUGCUUUGCUUUACAUCACAUGCACAUCUCAACAUGAUCUGUACAUCUAAUCUUUGUGACUGGAUCCUUUAUUUGCAAUGAAUUGUGAAGGCCACUCUUUUUUUUACUCUCUCUCUCUCUAAGUUAUCAAGUUCACUCUUUGCUAUUGUAUUUGUAGACAUGCAUCCAUCUGAAUUACCUCUGCCAGUCAACAGCAAGAAGUGAUCGGGCAGUUUUCAAUACCACUAGGCCCAUCUGGGAGAAGGACCCUUUUCAUUCGACAUACUUGGCUGCUUGUCGCCUCACCAUAAUGGGCACGCUGAACGAGCUCUGAAGCAAUAGCCAAUUAAAUGCCUUGAAGGGGAUGCCUCGAGGCCCCGCAUGAAAGGCUUCAGGUGUGAAAUGCUUGUUUUUCAAGAGUGCUGCAAAUGUUGGCUGCUUUCAAGUUUGCUAUUGCCCUGCUGGCUUCCCCUCGCAGCCCACCCCGGCAGCCCUUCUCAUGUGGAGGAGGGUAG